AUGGAACCGACACCGGGCGGCGACAGGUUCUCCUCGCUCGACGAACUGCAGCGACAGCUAAACGAGGACUUUGCCCAAUCGAUCGGUCCGCUGACUCCGACGCCGGAUCAUGCCGGAGCGGCAUCGGGAACAUCGGCGGGCUCCUCCGGUGGUACGAUCGCGACCACCAUCAGCACGGUGGUGCUUCAGGGUGGUCCUCUCCAGCUGGUCGUGGCAAUACUGAAGAGUGGUGAAAAAUUGUACAUAAAGGUUGCAGAUCUGCAGCCAAAGUUCACAUUUCUCGGACCAAGUCUGGACGAUGCGCUAAAGCUUCAGAAUGAACACGACGCACUGCUGCGGCAGAUACAGAACCUGCCAACGCCGCUGGAGGAGUUCUAUCGCAAGAUACAGGAAAAGAUUGCAUCCAACGAAAGACCCAACCCGAAACUGAUCGAAGAGAUGGCCGCCUCGCUGAACGCCGUCUGGCACGACAUCAAAAAGAUGCUGGCGGAGCGGCGCGAGAUCGUGGCGCUGAACGUGAGCUUCUUCGAGCGGCUCGGCGAGGCGUACGGCAAGAUGUCGUCGCUGGAGGUCGCCUGCAACGACACAAUGAUCCCGAUCGAGAUCGACGCGGUGCGGGAGUUUCUCGAUUCGUUCCGCAACCUGCGCGGGGACAUGCUGGCCGCCAUCUCGGCGACCCUGAAAGCCGGCAACCAGAUGCUGGACCGGUUGCGCGUUCUCGCCGACCUAGGAACGCUCGAUUCGCGCCCGAACCACAUCAAGCUAGAUGCGGCGCAAGCGAUAGGCCAGGUGGAAGCGUGGCUGGAGGAUCUCUCCAACCGGCGCAACCAGCUCGAGCAGGCGUGGCUGUCGCGCAAGACACAGCUCGAGCAGUGUCUCACGCUGGCCAUCCUCGCGAAGGAGCUGGCAGAGAUCGAACAGACCCUCGCGCGAGUACGCAGCCAGAACCUGAGCUCGUUCACGCUGGGCGAGUCGGCGGAACAGGCGCGGGAUCUGCUGGAGACGUACCAAAAUCUCAAACCGGAGGCGGCGUUACUGCGCGACAAGACGCUCAAGAUCACGAAAGCGACCGAGGAGCUCCUGACGACUGGAUGCUUCGCCGGCGAUGAAGCCUGCGCCAAAGCGUACAGCGUGCUGAGUGCGUGCUCCGAGCUGCUGGAGGAAAUCGAUCGCCGCGAGUCACUGCUGGGUCAGUCGAGAGAGUUCUUCGGACGAGCCGCAACCAUCCUCAAGCGGCUCGAUCAGCUCGAACUGGAGUUCGGAAGCUCCCAGGCGCGGCCAUCGUCUUCGAACGACCUGCCGGCGCACCAGAAGCUGCUGCAGGACAUCCGCGAAUCGAUCGGCGAGGUAUUGCAGAUGGGCUACUCGCUGGUAGAUGACGUGGGCCGCACGAAACCGGAGGUGGCCGGCGUACAGGCCAUGAUCGAGCGGAUCGAACUACGCAAGCUAACCUUCGAACGAUACUGCAACGAGGAGAGCGAACGAAACGUGCGUGCCUCGCAAGCGUUGAACGAGUUCUUCGAGCGCUACGGGCAACUGGUUGCGUGGCUCGAGGAAGCCUGGCAGGAGCGCAUCGUGCGGGGUUGCGCCAUCCAUCGGAUGGGCGAAAACGUCGCCGAGGCGAAGGAUUGCUUGCUGCUGCACCACCAGUUUCUAAACGAUUUAGAGAUCAAAGGCAACGCUAUUAAUAACCUGCUGGUACGGCUGACGUCGAGCCUGGAGCAGCUCGCCGACGAGCAGCGCGAUGACGUGCAGCGGAAGAUCGAUCUCAUCCGCCAGAAGUGGAUCGAGCUGAAGAACUACGUCAUCGAGCGGGUCGACCUGCUGAAGCUGUACAUCAAGUUUCACCAGGAAGCGGAAACGCUGCGCAACCAGUUCGACGCGUACGCCAUCCAGUUCGCGACGUUCAAGGACAACCCGGCCGACCAUUCGCUCAUCCUGGCGGCGACGGCCAACAUCCGGCAGACGCUGGAGAGUCUCCGCACGAAUGGUGCGCAGUGUGUGGGUCAGCUGCAAAAGAGUGUGGACCCAUACUUGCAGAAAACUCGCGCAGCGCAGUGCGUCGAGCGGACGGUUGCCGAAUUCGCCGAGCGCCAGUUGGCCAUCAGUAAUGAGUGGGAAAGCUGGAACGCUCGACGCCGCACGGAGACCACACUGAAGCAAAUCAUGGCUGCCAAUAUAGAGACGUUGGCUGUAACAACUAAGCUGGAGGAGCAGUUGUACCCGAUCUUUAGCACCGCCUUGGACAAUCCGACCGAUCUGCUAGAGUUUAUCGAUCGCAAGCGGGCGCAAAUCCAGGCGGAUAUUCGCACGGCCGAGAUGGACCUGACGCAGCGCUUUGAUGCGAUCGCCCAGCUGGAGAGUGAUGCGACCGCGAGCGUUGUGGAGGAUAUUGUUGCGAUGAAGAACAACUUGAACUCCAUCAAGACGAAGCUGCACUCGAUGGGUGCGGACUUUGCGGAGCUCUCCGAACCGAUCGAGCAGUUCCUGCGCUCGAUCGUGCACUGCCGCGACGGCAUCAAGGAGUACUUCGCGACGAAACAAACCGUCACCGAUCUGGGCAGCGUGGAAGCGAUCGCCGAGGGCUACGAGCAGUUCAAGCAGGGCACGAUGGAACACUUCCGCAGUCUGCUGCAGCAGAGUGAGCAGAUCAUCGAGCGCAUCAAGGCCCAGGAGCCGCCGGGAGCGAAGGAGAUGGACACGGACAAGAUCAUCACCCUGCUGGAGAACCUGCGCACCUACUUCGAGUCCCAGACCGAGUCGGAGAACAGCGAGCUCAAGAAGCAGCACAGUGUGCUGGCGUUCGAUCGGGAGCUGAACGACGUUCGCGGCACCAUCCGGACGGCGGGUGAGCGGUUGGAGCAGCAACGGGGCAACUAUGGCACGAAUCUGGCCGAGGCUCAGACGGCUAAGGUGGUUUUCGAGGAGUACGCAACGAGUCUGCAGGAGCUGAAGGAACGUGUCGAUACUUUCCUGAACUCUGGAGCGGAACUGGUGCGACAGUAUCCGGAGACAAGCCCGUACGUCGAAUCGGAAACAAACAAGAUUCGCAACGAAUGGUCGGAGCUCCUGCGUAAGCUGGAGGAGCACCGAAGCCUCUACAAUAUCGCGAUCGAGUAUUUCACGUUGAUCAGCUCGGUUGAGGACAACUACCGCACACUCAAUGCAGAGCUGAUCAAUGCCAACAACAAGCUGACCAUCUUGAACAACGUCGACGUGGCGAACGAUCUGGUCACGCAGGUGGACGCCACCAUUCGAACGCAUGAAACGCAGCAGCUGGACACGCUGAAGCACAUUUCCAGCCUAUCGACGCGGCUGUACGGUUGCGAUAAAACCGUCACCAUCUACACGGAAAACACGAAGCUCUUCCAGACGUUCUACAAGAUCAAGACGGAGGUGUACGAGCGUGCGAAGGAGUUGGCGGAGCAGCAGCGCCAGCGCGAAGAGGAACAGCAACGCCAGGAAGAGCUGCAGCGCGAACAGGAGCUGCAACGGCGCAAGGAACAGGAGCGUCUCGAGCAGCUACAACGCGAGCAAGAGCAACAGCGACUCGAGCUGGAACGAUUGGAACAGUUGCAUUUAGCUGAGGAACAGCAACGUUUGGAACAGCAGCGGCUGGAACAGUUACGACUGGAAGAGGAGAAGCUCCGUUUGGAACAGCAACGUCUGGAGCAACUCCAGCGCGAGCAGGAGCAACAGCGUCUCGAACAGCAACGCCUCGAACAGCUACAACUGGAAGAGGAGAAGCUUCGCUUGGAGCAGCAACGGCUCGAGCAACAGCGUUUGGAGCAGCUGCAACGUGAGCAGGAGCAGCAACGCGCCGAACAAGAACGCCUCGAACAGUUACGACUUGAGGAGGAGAAGCUGCGCUUGGAGCAGGGACGCCUCGAACAACAACGUUUGGAGCAGCUCCAGCGUGAGAAGGAGCAACAACUUCUCGAGCAGCAACGCCUCGAACAGCUACGAUUGGAGGAGGAAAAGCUACGCUUUGAGCACGACCGUCUCGAACAACAGCGUCUGGAGCAGCUGCAACGUGAACAAGAGCUUGCUUCGCAGCAGCAAAAAGAGCGUGAAGCACCGCCCGUUGUUGAGGAGGUUAAAAUCACAACCACUUCGCACUCGAGCUUGCCACAUCAGCAGCAAUCGUUCGAUGUGCAAACCAUCGAUGAGGAACAGUAUCUGCAAGAACCGCAAGCUCCGCUGGUGAUUCAGACCGUCGAGGAGCAGAUUCACGAGCAAAUCCACGAAGUGGUCACGACGACGAGCACACUUUCGUCGGUCCAAACCCAACCCCAGCCGGAGGUGAGCUUAUGCUUCGUCCAACCGUUAGCCGACGUUUGCGUACAGGAAGGACAACGUGCACGCUUGCAGUGCGUUGUAGCCGGGUUUCCCGAUCCAACGAUCGAGUGGUACAAGGAUGGGAUUAGCGUGCAGGGUAAUUCCGACUACCGGACGGGCUUCGAUGCGGCCAGCGGCGUGUGCACGCUCGUGAUCGAUGAAACGGUCACCGCCGACAGUGCCAACAUCGUGUGCCGGGCGACGAAUGAUGCAGGCGUUGCCGACACCACCGCCCGGCUGCUCGUGACGGAGGUUCCCCCACCGCCGAAGCCCGAAGGCAACGCGCCGGUGUUCACGAUGAAGCUGCUCGACGGUGGCGUCGCCCAGGAGGGUCAACCGUUCCAGUACGACUGCAUCGUCACGGGCACGCCCCCGCCGACGGUUCACUGGUUCAAGGCCGAUCGCUGUAUCGACGGUUCGCCCGACUAUCGACAGUCGUACGAUCCGGCUUCGGGUGUGGCCUCGCUGCGCAUCGAGCAAGUGUACCUCGAGGAUCAGACGCACUACACCUGCCGCGCGGUAAACGAUUGCGGAUCGGACGAGACGACGGCGUUCCUCACGGUCAAGCCGCUGGAACCGACCGAGUUUCCCGACUUCCCGGAGCCGCUCUCGAACGUGAUGGCGCGGGUGGGGCAGAAGAUUCGGCUCGAGGCCAAAGUGACCGGCACACCGCAACCGGAUCUGAUGUGGACCCACAAUGGGAAGCACUUCACCAACCGGGAGGUCAAAUUCUUCUACGAAAACGGCCGAGCGCAAUUGGUCAUUGACGAGGCAUUCCUGAAGGAUGCUGGUGUCUACACGCUGACCGCCAAGAAUCUCGCCGGUGAACAGUGCUGCUCGUGUAAUGUGGUAGUGAAGGGUCGGCUGCCGAACGAAACCAGCGACUCGGAACUAGCAAGCGAUAUGGAGCCCGUGAAGCCGUCGGUGCAGCUGGCGCUGCGCGACGUGUCGGUGUUCGAGGGGAAGCCGGUCCGGCUGGACUGCGUGAUCGUCGGUCAGCCGGAGCCGGAGGUGAUCUGGUACCAUGGCGAGCGGCCGGUGAAGGAGUCGGCCGACUUCCAGCUGCUCUUCCAGGGCGACCGCUGCUCGCUGGUGAUCCGCGAGGCGUUCGUGGAGGACGCGGGCGAGUACCGGGUGGUGGCUAUAAAUAGUGCCGGCGAGGCGUCGAGCCAGUGCGCGCUCAUCGUGACGCCGCUGAACGCGACCGGCGGUGUGCCGGCGGCGGUGCGCCAGCAGCCGGCGGUGAUGGAGCGCGCGCCGGCGGUGGCCGGAUCGCCGCCCCGCUUCGAGCGCCUGCUGGCCGACAUCCUCGCCGACGAGGGCGAGCGGGUGCAGUUCGAGUGCGCGGUCAGUGGCGAUCCGCGCCCGAACAUCCGGUGGUACGUGAACAACCGCGAGAUCGCGACCGACGUGGCCGUGUCGCCGAGGGUGCACUGCGUGGUGCGGGAGGACGGCGUGGUGAAGCUCAUCAUCGAGCGGGUGCUGCCGGACGACAAGGGUGUGUACACGGUGAAGGCCGUCAGCCCGGCGGGCGAGGCCAAGUGCUUCUCGAACCUGAUCGUCAAGUCGAUCAACGCGCCCGAGUUCGAGGCGGUGCCAGCGUUCCUCACCGAGAGCCAGCUGUGUCCGACGUUCCGCGAGCUGUUCGCCGACCGCGUGGUGCGCCAGCACGAGCCGACCAAGUUCGAGUGCAUCGUGGUGGGCAAGCCGCAGCCGAAGAUCCGCUGGUUCUUCAACGACCAGCCGGUGCAGGGGCACGACUUCCUCGUGUCCACCAGCGGCGACCGGCAGGUGCUCACCAUCCCCGAGGUGCGCCCGGAGCUGACGGGCAAGAUUACGUGCUACGCCGAGAACGAGGCGGGCAACGCGCAGUGCGUGGCGAUCGUGCAGAUUCUCGAACAGCUGGCUGGUGGUGGGUUCCCGACCACGCCGCAGCUACCGACGCUCCAGACGACGGGCGAGUCGAUGCAGCAGGUCGACACGAGCGGCUCGUCCUGCGUGACGCUGCAGAAGCAUGUGACCACCACCAGCUCGUCCUCGUUCUCGUCGUCAUCGUCGGCGACCGUGCAGCAGAACGGAGUCGUAGCCCACUCGGAGGUGCACGCCGAAUCGGCCAAACAGGACCGCUCGUUCAAGCAGGUGAACGACCUGCCGCCGGAAGUCGCCGAAGCCAAGCAGUUCCAGCGGUACGAUCAGGUAAACGACCAACCGGCGGUCAUCCAGCAGGAGGCAUCCUCGUUCCUGGCGACCGGCGGCGCCGAGAUGCACGAGAGCAUCAUCGCCAACUCGGGCCAGAUCAGCACGGGCAAACCGGCCCGCCGGAAUACGGCCCCCCGCUUCGUCACCCCGUUCAACGGCAAGAUCGUCGACCAGGGCGCUGACGUGGUGAUCGAGGGCAUCGUCGACGGCUACCCGACACCGGACGUCAAGAUCACGAAGAACGACGUCGAGCUGCAGCCGGACGGUGAGCGCAUCAGCGUGUCCUACUCGCUCAACAAGAUUGUCGUCGAGCUGCGGAACGUGUCGCCACUGGAUGCGGGUCGGUAUACUGCGACCGCCUCGAACGCGGCCGGCGCAUCCACCAGCACCGCCGAUCUGGUGGUCAAAAAGUCCAUCUUUCCGCCCGUGUUCGGUCGUCGCCUGCAGGCACAAACUGUCCGCGGCGGAGACCGGGUCGUGCUGGAUGUCGAGGUGACGGGCACACCGGAACCGUCGGUCGCCUGGUACCGGGACGAACGCCCGGUGCAGGAGACGCUCGCCCUCGGCAGCUACGCCCUGCAGCAGGUUGGCUCCUGCCACAAGCUGAUCUUCGAGCAGAUCCGCCCGGCGGACGCGGGCAAGUACAUGGUGCUGGCGAAGAAUGCCGGCGGCGAAGCGCAGAGCAUCGCCGACAUUGCCGUCCUGGAGUGCGAAUCGCAGGCCGCGCCGGCCCCCCAGCCCGCUCCGCAGAAGCACGUCUCGUUCGUGGACAUGGUUCAGCAGCAGCAGCCGAAGUCGGACGAACCGUUCGACUCGUCGGCCCCAGACGGUGGUGAUGGUGGUGGUGGGUUCAGCGCCCGCCGGGAGUUUGCAGCCGAAUCGAUGCUGCACGGGCCGAUGACGGAGUCGACGGUCGUCACCGAGACGCGCCGUACGACCGAGGCCACGAUGCGGAUGGAGCACAAGAUCCACCUGCCCGACCUGCCCGUGCGCUUCUCGCAGCGUACACAGACGCCCACGGUGCCGACGGUGACGGAGGGCACGAGUCCGGCGGCGGGCGAGACGUCGUCCACCACCACCGGCACCAACACCGAGCACAUCGUGACCCGCUCGGACGCAACGCAGACAGCCACGCAGGUGACACCGACACCAACACCAGCAGCGCCGGCCGCAGAACAAUGCUCGGCGGCGAGCGCCGGUGCCGUGGAUCAGUCCGAUUCGAGACAGGAGAGUGCUAGCAUCAGCAUCAGCUCGAUCGUGCGGGAUCGACCGACGAACCCAGUCACAGUACAGCAGCCGACCGACCACCAAUUUGACCUGACGGCCCAGCUGCCGAUCUACCAACCAGCAGGCCCCGCCGCGGUACAGCAGCAGCCAACGCAGAUGUACUCGUCCUUCUCCUCGACGCAGCAGUUCCAGCAGGCGUCGUCGACGCUGUCGCAGCAGCAGUACUCGCAGUCCUCGAUGCAGUACCAACCGUACAAGCCGUCGCUUCCGGUGGACGUCGCUCCGGUGCAGCAGGCUCCUCCUCCAGCCCAGAGCUUCCCUCCGCAGGUUGCAGUUGCACCGGCUCCAUUCAAGCCGGCUCCAUCGAUGUUCACUCCCGCUCCCGCUCCCGCUCCUGCUCCGACUCCGAAGUUUGCUCCGGCUCCGGUUCCGGCACCCGCGUUGGUGUCGGCACCGCUGCCGCAAACAUCGUUGGCAGCUGGAGCGGGACCCACGCCGGCAUUCCUCGCCGGACCGUCGUAUAACCAGACGCCGCAACCGUUCAAACCACUGCCGCCACCGGCGAUUACUCCGAGUUCGCUGACUAACGCUGCUCCCGCUCCGGCUCCGGUGGAAUCGUUCGUACCGCAGGCGUACGCACAGCCACCGCAGCCGCAGCCAGCCUACCAGGCUCCAGCGCCGGCACCGGUACCAACCGGGCCCGUCUCGUUGCCACCGUAUCAGGAGCCGCUGUCGUUCUCGUCCUCUCAUCCGCCGGCUGUUGAGCCGCUGUACCCGGGCCAGCUGGGUUACCAACCACCCACCCAGCAGCAGCAGGCUCAGGUGCAGUUCCAGCAGCCUCCUCAAGCAUACCAACAGCAGCAACAGAUGCAUCAACAGAUGUAUCAACAGCAGCAGCAGCAGCAACAGGUUCAGCAACAGUACUAUGUGGAGCAGCAGCAGCAGGAAGAGGUCUACAAGAAAAUGUCGGUGAAGGAGACGAAGAAGCUGUUCGAGGAAUCGCUGCUGCAGCAGCAACAGCAGAUUCACCAGCAGCAGCUGCAGCAGCAGCAGCAGGUCUCGUACGGUGAUCUGAAGGCACCACGGCUGGUGCAGGGCUUACGGCAGCCAGGAGCAGGAGGAGCUCCUGGUGCAUCGGUGCUGCCGGCCGACUUUGGCUACGGUGCGAUCGCGGAGCUCGGUCUCGAGCCCGGACCGCAGCCGACGAUGGGCUACGCUCCGAAGCAGGCGUCGAGCGAGCGCAAGAGCUCCUACUACCGCGAGCAGAUCGAGCAGUCGCUGCUGGAGAGCAUGGACAAGGAGCCGGAGCGCGUGCCGGCCGGCGGUGUCAAGAUUAUCCCGCCCAGCCCGCGCAAGAAGUCGCGCCCGGCACCGGCGGCGGGACAAUCGGACACCGGCUCCGGAGGAGCGCCUGCGCCGUUCGAGCAGCCGAAGGCUGAGGACCUGCAGCCCGGUUCGGGCAUUCCGACCACCGCCAAGAGUCCCUUCACCGCCACCGAGAGCGAGUACGAGAGCGACCUGGACGGGGGCGUCCGCAAGCAGAACGGCUACCUCGCCGAUACCGAGGAGGUCGUCCAGAAGUCGGUAUCCUUUGCCAGCGAGGUGCAGCAGCUGCAGCAGCAGCAAACGAUCGAAAGCAGCUUCAGCAGCUCGAGCAAGGUGGAGAGUCACCACUCGACGGUUGUAAGCAGCAGCAGCACAAGCAGUGAAGUGGUUCAGCAGCAGCAGCAGCAGCAGCAGCAGCAGGUCCAGGAACAGGUACUAGAGCAGCAGCAACAGCAGGCUCCGGUAGUCCUACCCGUCACCGAAACUGCUGCUACCGAAGAACAGCAGCAGCAGAUCAGCAAGUUCGAGGAAGUGAUCGUUUCCUCGUCGGAAACCGUUCAACAGGAAACGGUGGAGGAAAGCAGCAGCAAGAACUUCCUGGUGAACAACGAUCUGCCGGAGGACCUGCAGCCGGUGAAGGUUUUGCCAACCGAGGAACCGCUUCCGACGCUGAAGCAUGUACCGGUUCCGGCCGCCGUGCAGCCACCUGUCGUUGAGCAGUUCGUUGAACCCCAGCAGCAGCAGCAACAACCACAAGUCGCACCGGUUGUCCAACCGGAACCAGUUCCGGUAGCGGCUCCCGCUCCCGCUCCGGUGCUGCUGAACGGUGUUGGCUAUCCAGCGCCAAGCCCGGCCCAGGGUGCGUUCGUUUCGGACUACGAGAGCGAUGCGGCCACGACGGCGACGCCGACCAUUGCGGGUUACAAACCGGUCCACCCGGUGUUUGCCCCGGUGAAGCAGGACGGUGCCGUCGGUCCGGCCGUGCCGCCACCGUCAGUAUUCGAUCCGAUCGACAAGAUUCAGCCGAACCAAAUCAAACCAGCCGACGCACCAAAGAUCGAGAAACCAAAGGCCAUCAACUACGUCCAGCAGCAGCAGCAACAGCAGCAGACGAUGUCCUACCAGCAGCAGAGCUUCCAGCAACAGAGCUUCCAGCAGCAGCAGACUUAUCAAACGCAGCAGCAGCAGCAGCAGCAAUCGUUCCCACCGGCGGUUCAGUCCGUUCCGGCGCAGUACUACACGUCCGUUACGGGCCAACCGGUGCACAACACGAUCGCGACCGAGACCUCAAACACGCUGCAUCUGAAGGAGAUGACCGAGAGCAGCAACCGUGUGUUGAACAUGCAGCAAACGCAGAGCGUCAUCAGUCUGGAACAGCAGCAGCAACAACAGUACCGUCAGACCUCUUCCUCGUUUGCGCCAAAGCCGGGUCGGUUCACGCCAGGAGAGUACCGUGACAGCGACGGGUAUGAGAGCGAUGGCACGCGCAUCCGUCCACUCUGGACGCCGAACCCGUCGGACAGCGACGAGCCGCACUAUCGCAGCGUCCGGCCCAACUUCCAGCAGCCACGCUCGACCAGCUUGCCGCGCCAGUACGAGCGCAUCCAGACGCCGAUGGAGUUCGACACGCUGCCGGUGCAGAUGCCGUCCCGGAUCGACGUGUCGACUGAGGCCGCCCACCAGCGCAGCCAGUCCCUGUCGCGCCAGACCAUCGAGACCACGCAGACCACCCUGACGACGCAGACCACCUCGACCGAAACGCUGAAGACGCAAACGCUGGACCGGUACGGCUCGAAGCGGCUGGCCACGACUCCGGUGCCGAACACGCGCGACGACAUGGCCGUCAAGGCGCACCGCGUCGCCCCCAUCUCCUACAUCCAGAAGCAGGCGCAAACGCAGGCCGACGGCAUGGCGCAGACGUUCAAGACGAAGGCGUACCACUUCAGCAACGAGGUGAUGACCGACAUCAAGAAGACUCCGAUCAAGCCGAUCCUGAAGAACGCGUACGCCGCACCGUACGCCGCCCCGGCUCAGGCUCAGGCACAGGCUCCCCCCCAGUCGUACGCCCCCGUCCCGCAGCUUCAGCAGCCCGCUCCAACCGCAGCUCCCCCGCAGGCCUAUCGCGAGGAAUCACGAGUGUCGCAAUAUGAAGCAUCAUUCCUCUGCUACAAGGAGCUACGGCCGGAUCGGAGUCAGCAGGCAGGGCAGUCGGCUCCUCGCUCCUCGAACGGUGUCCAUGUGCUGGAGGAGACGACGGAUUCGUACGAGAAGACGUACCGCUCGAUCUGCCUCAUCCAGACGUGCGAAGUGCAACAGCAGCAUGGUGGAUUCAUACAGCAGAGCACCACACCGCUCGCGUCCAUAACGCCCGGUGUGCAGACACCGACUCCGGUAGGAGUUCCGUUCGUACAGCAGCAGCAACAGCAGCAGCCAAGCUACGGCGUGGCGGCCCCGACCCCGACCGGACCCGGCGACUACUCGCCGCCGGUGUUCGAGCAGAUCUUCAAGAACUCGCGCUUCGCCCAGGGCGGCAACGCGCUGUUCGAGGGCAAGCUGAAGGGCAACCCGCGGCCGGAGGUUUCGUGGACUCGAAAAGGCGCACCCCUUCUCGACUCCGCGAAGCACCGGCUGAGCUACAACCCAUCGACCGGGGCCGUCUCGCUGCUGAUCAACCAGAUCGGGCCGGGCGACGAGGGCGAGUACACGUGCAAGGCGCGCAACGCCGUCGGCGAGGCGAUCUGCUCGGUGUUCAUCCAACCGGAGGGCAUGCCGACGCCGCAGUUCCAGCAGCUUCGCCGGGAGACGAUCCAGCAGCAGAGCAGCGUCAAGCAGCAGCAGUACACCAACGGCUACUCGCACACGGAGGAGGAGUUCAAGGUGGACACGUUCGAGUACCGGUUGCUGCGUGAGACGUCGUUCCGCGAGUCGAUCACGCGCCGCUACGCGGGCGAAACCGACGCCCAGCUGAUCACGACCAUCGACCGGGCCCUGGGGCCCGCGUCGGCCCCGCAAAUCGGCCAGAAGCCGCGCAACUCGAAGCUGGUCGAGGGCUCGGAUGCGGUGUUCAGUACGCGCGUUGCGGCCAACCCGCGUCCGCGCCUGUCCUGGUUCAAGGACGGCCAGCGCAUCAUCCCGUCGGCGGACAAGUACGAGGUGAGCUACUCGAACCAGCAGGCCACGCUGCGCGUCCGGAAUGUGAGCGCACGCGACUCCGGCCACUACACGCUGCUGGCCGAGAACGUGCAGGGCUGCCAGGUGUCGUCGGCCGUGCUGGCCGUCGAACCGGCCCACGAGCAGCAGCAGCAGGUCGCGGUUGAGCGUGCGACCUCGCUGGUGACCGAGCAGCAGCAGCAGACGCAGCAGUAUCAGCAGCAGUUCAUCGAGAGUUCGUCGGAGGCGACCAAGGCAUUGUCGCCGUCGUUCGUGACGCUGCUGCAAGACGCGGAGACGACCGAGGGCAAGAUGGUGCGCUUCGAUUGCCGCGUGACGGGCCGACCGUACCCGGAGGUGGCCUGGUACAUCAACGGCAACCUGGUGACGGACGACGCGACGCACAAGAUCCUGGUGAACGAGGCCGGCAACCACUCGCUGAUGAUUACCAGCGCGAACCGCUUCGACCAUGGCAUCGUGACGUGCGUGGCGCGCAACAAGAGCGGCGAGGUGGCCGCCCAGGCCAAGCUGGUCGUGUGCGAGCGCGAGCAGAUCGUCGCGCCGAAGUUCGUCGAGCGCUUCACCACCGUGAACGUGAAGGAGGGCGAGCCGGUGCGGCUGUUUGCGCGCGCCAUCGGGACGCCGCUGCCGCGCAUCACCUGGCAGAAGGACGGCAUCCCGAUCGUGCCCGGCCCGGACGUGCAGAUCUGCAACGACGAGAACGGCUGCACCACUGUCGACAUCCCGCGAGCGAAGGCGUCGGAUGCGGCCUGGUACCAGUGCACGGCGCAGAACGUCGCCGGUACCACCGCCACCCGGGCCCGUCUCUUUGUCGAAACUCCGAAGGGACCGGCGCCGGAGCAGAAGCGUCUCAAUCUACCGCGCCCGACCAAGGUCAUUCAGCCGGAGGCGAUGCCGGAACCGGAAAUCAUCUAUCUACGUCAUGUCGAGCGGGCUGCUCCGCACAUGCCACCGAAGGAGGAGGACCGCAUCUAUCCACCGCCGAAGUUCAUCGUCCCGCUCAGUGACGUUGCUCAGGUCGAAGGUGGAAAGGUGCACUUCGAGGCACGCAUCGAACCCGUCUCCGAUCCAACGAUGCGCGUUCAGUGGUUCCUCAAUGGCAAUCUCAUUCAAGCGAGCUCCCGUGCUAAUACCACGUACCAGUUUGGAUUUGUCGCGCUCGAUCUGCUCACGAUCGUGAUGGAGGAUAGCGGCGAGUAUCUGUGCCGUUUGUCGAGCUCGACCGGAGUGGCCGAAUCGCGUGCGAUGCUGAGUGUCCAGCCGAGACCGCCGAUCGAGCAGCAGCCGCAGCAUCCGUCCUCGCUGGACCAGAUCCAGCACCUGGAGGAUUACUCGAAGUACGUGCGCACUGAGAGCAUCGAAGAGGUGAUCAACCAGAAGCCGGCGUUCACGCGGCCGCUGCAGGAUCUGGGCGACCUGGAGGAAGGUCGCAAUGCGCACUUCGAGGCGCAAAUUACGCCGGUCAGCGAUCCGACCAUGCGCGUCGAGUGGUACAAGGACGGACGGCCGAUCACGGCCAGCUCGCGCAUCACGGCCAUCUUCAACUUUGGCUACGUGUCGCUGAACAUCAUGCACCUGCGGGCGGAGGACGCUGGCACCUACACGGUGCGUGCGGUUAACCGCAUCGGGGAGGCGAUCAGCACGUCCAAGAUCGCCGUCGUCAGCAAGGCACCGGUCACGGGCGAUCUGGGCAUCUCCGAGCAGCGCAACUACAUCCAGAAGAUCGAGGAACUGGAGCAGUACCAGAAGUACCAGAACCAGAAGUUCUACGAGGAAACGCCCGAGAGCACGCAGCGGCCGGAGUUCAAGAGCCCGGUGUCGGACCAGCUGAACGUGCGCGAGGGUGGCUUUGCGCACUUCGAGGCCCGCCUGGAGCCGGUCGGUGAUCCGACGAUGCGCGUAGAGUGGCUCAAGGACGGCCAUCCGGUAGAGGCGAGCUCGCGCAUCACAUCGUUCUGCAACUUCGGUUACGUGGCGCUCACGAUCAAGCAGGUCACCGUGCACGAUGUGGGCAACUACACGUGUCGUGCGUACAAUUCGCUCGGCGAAGCGCACGUGACCGCUCGCCUGACGGUCGUUACGCGCCAGGACAUCAUCGUCGACUCGCAGACGAGUCAUAUGGGCAUGGAGAAGAUCCAGUACCUGGAGGACGCGUCGCGGUACACGCGUACGCAGGAAUCGGUUGAGCAGGUCGUCCAGCAGCAGCCCCGUUUCCUCGGACCGCUGAAGGGAACCAACCGCAUUGUGGAAGGCCAACGGGCGCACUUUGAGGCCCGCCUCGAGCCGCAGUCGGAUCUGACGAUGCGUGUCGAGUGGUACCACAACGGUCGCCCGCUGAUGAGCGCCAAUCGCAUCCAAACGUAUCACGACUUUGGCUACGUGGCGCUGGACAUUCUGGACGUGCGCGCCGAAGACUCGGGCACCUACACGCUGGUCGCAGCGAAUAGCUCCGGACAGGCGCAGGUCGAGGCGGCAAUGGUUGUUGAGACUCGUGCCGCCAUUGAUACCACCAGCAUGCACAAUGUGGUCGAACGUUCGCAGCAGAAGGUCGACAAGCAGUUUGUGGAACCCCACUACCAGAUCGAGGAGCUGUGCAAAUCCAAACCGAUCUUCACGCAGCCCCUUUCGGAUCCGCAGCCGGUUGGUGAAGGACGUAACAUUCACCUGGAGUGCAAGCUGGAACCGCUGGGUGAUCCGACGAUGCGCGUCGAGUGGUACCACAAUGGACGCCCGAUUACGAUCGGUUCGCGCUUCAAGACGUACUAUGACUUUGGUUUCGUGGCGCUGGAUAUUCUGCACUCGACUGCGGCGGACUCGGGCGAGUACACGGUUCGGGCAACGAACCAGCUCGGAUCGGCCCACACGUCGGCGUGCGUGCGAGUCAUCACGCGUUCGGAUGUUAUUACCGAGGCGCAGAGUGAGAUGUCCGUCGAGCAGAUGCAAUACCUGGAGGAUGCGUCGCGCAUGCGCCGCGACGUGCUGGAGGACAUCACCGUCAUGUCGCCGCCACAGUUUGCCCGCUCGCUGCACAAUAUCGAAACGUUCGAGGGUACGAACAUUCACCUGGAAUGUCGCCUGCAGCCCGUCGGUGAUCCGACGAUGCGCGUCGAGUGGUUCGUGAACGGAAUGCCGGUAAAGAUUGGCCACCGUUUCCGACCGGCGUACGAGUUUGAUUACGUCGCUCUCGAUCUGCUUGGUGUGUACGCGGCCGACUCGGGUGUGUACACGUGCCAGGCCCGCAACUCGCUCGGCGAGGCGGUCAACUCGUGCUCGGUGCGCAUCAUGGCCAAGAAGGACCUCAUCAUGGAGACGCAAUACCCGGCCGGGUUGGAGAAGCUGCAGUAUCUGGAGGAUAUUGCCCGCUACCGCAAGACCGAGUACGUCGAUGAGAUCGUCAACGUGAAGCCGCGUUUCCUGACCAAGCCGAAGAACAUCGAUCGCGCGCAAGAGGGAGGCCAUGCGCACUUUGAGUGCAAACUGGAACCGGUCACCGAUCCGAACCUGAAGGUGGAAUGGUACAAGAACGGAAUGCCUAUCACCGUGGGACAUCGGUUCCGUCCGAUUCACGACUUUGGCUACGUGGCGCUGGACAUUGUCGAUCUGAUUGCCGAAGAUACCGGUACCUACAUGUGCCGUGCGGUUAAUCUGGUCGGCGUGGACGAAAUCGCCGUCCAGCUGACGUGCCGGGGAUCGCAGCAGAUCCUCACCAACACCCAGAACGAGAUGGGACUCGAGCAGAUCCAGUACCUGGAGGAGAAGACCAGGCAGCAGCGCUCGGAUUAUCUGGACGAGAUGACGACGCAGGCGCCCACGUUCACCACCUCGCUGAAGCACAUCGAGAUCAAGGAGGGACAGCGGGCUCACUUCGAGUGCCGACUGAUCCCGGUGUCUGAUCCGACACUGCGUGUCGAGUGGUACCACAACGAGGCCCCAGUCAAGACGGGUUCUCGCUUUACCGAAACGAACAACUUUGGCUUUGUGGCGUUGGACAUUAUGGGCUGUCUGGCCGAUGACUCCGGCAGCUACACGUGUCGUGCUGUGAACGCCCUCGGGGAGGCUGUUACGUCGGCCACCUGUGUGGUGCACACGCGCAAGAGCAUCUACUCGGAGACUCAGCACGAACAUGCGCUGACCAGCUUGCGCUACCUGGAGGACAACUCGCGCUAUCAGCGUGAAACGGAGGUGGAUGAGGUGAUUACGCAGGCACCGGUGUUUACACUCCCGGUGAAGGAUGUCAAGGUGGCCGAAAACCAAGCGGUCCACUUCGAGGCCCGCCUGGUGCCGGUCGGUGAUCCGAAGAUGCGCGUCGAGUGGCUCCGUAAUGGCGUCCCGAUCGAAGCGUCCAACCGUACGACAACAAUGCACGAUUUCGGCUACGUUGCGCUCAACAUGAAGUACGUGAACCCCGAGGACUCGGGCACGUACACGUGCCGUGCGACGAACGAUCUCGGACAGGCCGUCACGUCGGCGAAGCUGAUGGUACAGUCGAAGGCUUCGCUGGAUUUGGAAACGCAAAACGAAAGCGCACUGGAGAAGAUCCACCAGCUGGAGGACGCCAUUCGUUUCCAUCGUCGCGAGGAGGAGGACGUGGCCGUUACGCAGCCACCGAAGUUCACCACGAAGCUGCACGGACCGACGAACCUGGUCGAGGGCCAGAGCGCUCACUACGAGUGCCGUAUCGAACCGUACCCGGAUUCGAGCCUGAAGGUAGAGUGGUUCCACAACGGUCAACCACUGACCACUGGCCAUCGGUUCCGUACAACGUACGACUUUGGUUUCGCGGCGCUGGACGUACUGACCGUGUACGCCGAAGACUCCGGCGAAUACACGUGCCGCGCGACGAACCAUCUCGGCACGGAAUCGUCCUCGAUUUCGCUCAAUGUUACGCCAAAGGCGGGUAUUGUGCGCGAGACGCAGCACGAGGGAGCGCUGGAGAAGAUCCAGUACCUCGAGUGCGACGCACGCUUCGGUCGCAAGGGCGAGGACGAGAUGUACGUGGCUGAGAAGCCGCAGUUCGGACGCCCGCUGAAGAAUGCCUGCGUCGGCGAAGGCCUACCGGUGCAUCUGGAGGCCACGCUGACGCCGGUCAACGAUCCGACCAUGAAGGUGGAGUGGUACUGCAAUGGACGCCCGAUCCAGCAGGGACACCGGUUCAAGACGACGUACGACUUUGGUUUCGUAGCUCUCGACAUCCUCUAUGCGCACGCUGAGGACACGGGAACUUACAUGUGUAAGGCUAAGAAUGCUAUCGGGGAGGCUGUUACGACAUGCGCUGUUAAAGUCACAGCAAAUGCUGGUUUAUAUUUGGAGACGCUUGAUGAACAGCGACUGCAAAAGAUUAAGGAAUUGGAGAGCUACCAGAAACCACACGCCCCCGAAGUCGAACCGGCGAAGCAGAAGCCAGUCUUCCUCACUCCUCUGACCAGUUUGGAGAACCUGAAGGAAGGCGACUACGCUCACCUGGAAUGCCGCGUGGAACCGAUCAACGAUCCGAACCUGAAGAUCGAAUGGUUCAUCAACGGCAAGGCGAUCCGUGCCGGACACCGCUUCCGUACGACGCACGACUUUGGCUACGUCGCGCUGGACAUUCUGUACGUGUACGGUGAGGACAGUGGUACGUACAUGUGCAAGGCGACGAACCAGGUCGGCGAGGCGGUCAGCACGUGCAACAUUCGUGUCACCAACAAGCGGAACAUUAUCUUCGAUUCGCAACAUCCGGAUGGACUGGAGAAGAUUCAGAAGCUGGAAGCACACGUGCGCCCGUCGCGGUUGGAGCUUGACGAGCCGGAAGUGACGGCUCCACGGUUCGUAACCGAGCUGCGUGGAACGACCGAAAUCCACGAGGGACAAACCGCUCACUUUGAGGCGCAGGUUGAACCGAUCCACGAUCCGAACCUGCGCAUCGAGUUCUACCACAACGGUAAGCCGCUCCAGUCGGCGUCACGGUUCCAUAUCACGUUCGACUUUGGAUACGUGGCGCUGGACAUCCAGCAUGUCGUCGCUGAGGAUGCGGGCGAAUACACCGUGAAGGCGAUCAACGCGAAGGGACAGUGCAAGUCGUCGAUCCAGAUGAAGGUGACGGCGAAGGGAGCCAUCAUCUCGGAGACGCAGCACCCGGAGGGACUGGACAAGAUCAAGCAGCUGGAAGGCGUGAGUCCGUUCCGUCGGCCGGAGGUGCAGGAUGCGGUCACCAAGCAGCGACCGGUGUUCACGCAGCCACUGCAGAACAUCGACUUCGUUGCCGAAGGUCAGACGGCGCACUUCGAGUGCCGGUUGAUUCCGGUCGGCGAUCCGAACCUGAAGGUCGAGUGGUACCGCAACGAGAAGCCACUCGAGGACAGCUCGCGCAUCAGCAAGCAGCACGACUUUGGCUUCGUCUCGAUGGACCUGCAGCAUGUGCGCGAGGAGGAUGAGGGCGUGUACAUGUGCCGUGCAAUUAACCCGCUCGGUGAGGCUGUCACGACGGCGUCGAUGCGUGUGCGCACGAAGGCCAGCAUUCAGAUGGAUUCGCAGCAUCCGGAGGGCAUGAAGAAGAUCAUCGCGCUGGAGCAACCGCACCAGCAGCGUCCGGAGGAUCAGGAAGCUGCGUUCGAGAAGCCAAUCUUCACGCAACUGCUGACGGGCCCAUCGGAGCUGUGGGAAGGACAGCAUGCGCACUUCGAGGCGCGUGUCGUACCGGUCGGUGAUGCGAGCAUGAAGUACGAGUGGUACGUGAACGGUGUCGAGCUGAAGAUGGGCUCGCGCUUCCGCACCACGAACGAUUUCGGUUUCGUUACGCUCGACAUCAACUCGACGGUGGCGGAGGACUCCGGUGUUUACAUGUGCAAGGCGAUCAACCGUGCCGGUGAGGCCGUGUCGUCGACCACGAUGAAAAUCAAAUCGAAGGCAUCGAUCGCGGGUGAACCACUGCUGCCGGAGGCAUGGGAAAAGAUCCAGCUGAAGGAGGCCGCAAUGAACCGCGUGCCGGAUAUGUUCGUGGACACUACGCCCCAGCAGGCGCCAGUGUUCACCACACACCUCGAGAGCCACGACAAGCUGCAGGAGGGCCAGCAUGUGUACCUGGAGGCCCAGGUGGAGCCACGCGCCGAUCCGAACUUGCGUAUCGAGUGGUUUAAGAAUGGUAUCGCCAUCACGACCGGUGCUCGCAUUCGCAGUACGUUCGACUUUGGUCUGGUGACGCUGUCCGUCAAUGGACUGCGUGCGGACGAUUCGGCGAUCUACACUUGCAAGGCUACAAACAACCUUGGCGAGGCUGUAUCGACCGCUACGCUGAAGAUCGACGCUAGCCACUGGCUGCUCGGAGACACGAUGCAUCCGUCGGCCGUGCAGAAGAUCCACGAUCUGGAAGCGCCGCGCGAAAACCUUCGCGACGUUCCGGAGGCUCAGUUCGAGUCGCCGGUCUUCGUGAGUCACCUCAACAACGUGGAGAUCAAGGAGGGCGAGAACGCGCACUUCGAGUGCAACGUUGAGCCCUCGAAGGACCCGACCAUGCAGAUCGAGUGGUUCGUCAACGGAAAGCCACUCCCAACCGGAGCCCGCUUCAAGACGACGUACGACUUUGGAUUUGUUUCGCUCGAUAUUUCUGGCGCAUACGCCGAGGACUCUGGUAUCUACACGUGCAAGGCAACGAACAGCAAGGGAUCGGCGUCGACAUCGGGAUCGCUGCGUUGUACGAGCACCACCACCAUGUACCUGGACACCCAGCACCCGCAAGGAAAGGCCGGUCUGGAGGCCGUUCAGGAUACGGAGGCGGCGCUUGCCAACCGUUACCGUCGUGAGGACUCCAAGCCGGAGGCAACCUUCCCGAAACCACAGUGGACCGUGCAGCUGCAGUCGGAGUUCCGGCUGAACGAAGCGGAAUCCCUGCACCUGGAGGGACAGGUCGAGCCGAAGAACGAUCCGAACCUGAAGAUCGAAUGGUACUUCAACGGAAAGGUGCUGGAGCAUGGAUCCCGCUUCAAGAUGACGAGCGAUUUCGGUUUCGUGACGCUCGACCUGACCGAGGUCUACGAGCGUGACCAGGGUAUCUACACCUGCAAGGCGUACAAUCUGGCCGGCGAAGCAUUCACCUCAUCCACGGUGUACUGCGUCACGAAGGAGAGCCUGAUCGAGCGUACCCAGCAUCCGAAGGGUACGGAAGGACUGGAGAAGAUUCAAGAUCUGGAGGAUUCUCUGCGCCGCCCGGACGGUACGCCGGUCGAGUCGGACGCUGGACAGGCGCCACGCUUCACCUCGGAGUUUACCGCGAUCAGCAACAUUGGCGAGGGUGAGAUUGCGCAUUUCGAUGCCACGCUCAUCCCGACCGGCGAUCAGUCGAUGAACAUCGAGUGGUUCUACAACGGCAAGCAGCUGGAUGCCAGCCACCGUGUGCGUACGGUGUACGCGUUCGGCAUGGUGGUGCUGGAGAUUCUCGGCACCAAGAUCGAGGACUCGGGUAGCUACACGUGCCGCGCUACGAACAAAUGGGGCACGGCGGAGAUCAGCGUACAGCUGGAGUGUGUGGACAAGUCGGCUGGACAGAAGCCGCGCUUCACGACCCAGAUCCAGAACCUGGAGGGCCUGAAGGACGGACAGUCGGCACACUUCGAGUGCACGCUGGUGCCAGUGAACGACCCGGACCUGAAGGUGGAAUGGUUCCACAAUGGCGCACCGCUACGUCACUCGAACCGCAUCAAGCCGGUGUCGGACUUUGGCUACGUGCUGCUGGACAUUGCGUACGUGCAGAGCCACGACUCGGGCGAAUAUGUUUGCCGUGCGUCGAACAAAUACGGUGAAGAUUCGACCCGCGCGACAUUGAAGUGCUUCGGUAAGGGAGGUGUCUACCUGGAGUCGCUGCAACCGGACUCGCUGGCACGCAUCCGCGAGCUGGAGAGCCAGGCUGGCGUGAAACAGACGGCCGCCGGUUCGCCGGUCGGUGAGGCACCUCGCUUCACCACCAAGAUUUCCGACAUCACCAAGCUGGUGGAGGGACAGAGCGCUCACUUCGAGGCGCGCCUGACACCCAUCAACGAUCCGGAGCUGGUGGUCGAAUGGUACUGGAACGGCCAGAAGCUGCCCCACGGACAUCGCUACCGCACGUUCCACGACUUUGGCAUCGUCAUUCUGGACAUUCUGUACUGCUACGAGGAGAAUUCGGGCGAGUUCGAGUGCCGUGCAACGAACAAGUACGGCUCGGACAGCACCAAGGCCACGCUGAAGUGUAUCUCGAAGGCGAACCUUAUCCUCGACUCGCAGCUCCCGCGCGGUAUGGAGGGUGGACUGGAGAAGAUCCAGACGCUCGAGGACUCGCUGGUGCGCACUCGGGACGAGCGCGAGCGCGUUGAAGGUGGACGUGCGCCAGUCUUCACGACGCCCCUGUCCAACAUCGACUCGCUGCGCGAAGGCGAGAGUGCUCACUUCGAGGCGAAGCUCACGCCGACCGACGACCCGAAGCUGAAGGUGGAAUGGUUCUGGAAUGGCAAGCCGCUGAAGACGGGCUCACGCUUCCGUACGUUCUGCGACUUUGGAUUUGUCAUCCUGGAGAUUUCGCCCGUGUACCCCGAGGAUUCGGGCGAGUACUCGUGCCGUGCGACGAACGAGUACGGCGAGGCGGUUACGACCUCCACGAUGAAGGUGCAGGGCAAGCGUAGCAUCAUUCUGGAGUCUCAGCUGCCGAAGGGCAUGGAGGGUACGAUCUCGCGCAUCGCUGAACUGGAAGGCUUGGGUAUUCCGCACGGAGGACUCGGCUCCCCGGAUGACGAUACGGGCAAGCCGCCAGAGUUCAUCACGACGCCAUCGGAUAUGACGCUGACGGAGAACUCGCUCGCUCACUUCGAGUGCCGCCUGACGCCGAUCAACGAUCCGAGCAUGCGCGUCGAGUGGUACCACAACGGUAAGGCGCUAUGGGCCGGUUCGCGCAUCAAGACGAUCAACGACUUUGGGUUCGUGAUCCUGGAGAUUGCGGGCUGCUACCAGCGUGACUCCGGACUGUACACGUGCAAGGCCACCAACCGGCACGGCGAGGCGACGGUUUCGUGCAAACUGACCGUUCGCGGCCGCCAAGGCAUCAUCAUGGAGCCGCAGCUGCCAUCGAACUUCCGCACCGGCACGGAGAGCAUCCAGAAGCUGGAGGAACAGCUGCACAAGCGCGAGGAGCUGCUGGCCGACGAGGAGGAAGGCCGUCCACCGAAGUUCGUCGUCGAAAUCAAGGACAACGUGGACGUGGCCGAGGGUGGCCCGGUGCACUUCGAUUGCCGCGUGGAGCCCGUGGGUGAUUCGUCGCUGCGUAUCGAUUGGUACCACAACGGAAAGCCAUUCGCCACCGGUUCCCGUGUGCACAUGCUGAACGACUUUGGUUUCAUCGCGCUCGACAUGGACUACGCGUACGUGCGCGAUUCCGGAGUGUACGAGUGCCGCGCCACGAACAAGUGGGGCACGGCUUCGACGACCGCGAAGGUGACGGUGGUGUCUCGCGGAGGCAUUGUGCUCGACUCGCAGCUGCCCGAGGGAAUGACGGCUUCGAAGCUGAAGGAGCUGGAGCGUGGCAAGGUGACGCUGGCCACGCAGGAAGAGCGCACCUUCGGACCGCCGAAGUUUGUCUCGCAAAUCCAAUCGGCUACCAUCGAUGAGGGUGACACGAUUCGCUUCGAGUGCCGCGUGGAACCGAAGGAGGAUCCGAAACUGCGCGUCGAGUGGUUCCGCAAUGGCAAACCGCUGCCAAGUGGACACCGGUACCGUACGAUCUACGAUAUGGGCUUCGUGUCGCUGGACAUCCUGUCGGUCUACACGGAAGACGCCGGUGACUACACUUGCCGUGCGUUCAAUGAGCACGGCGAGGAUGUGACCAAGGCGCACGUCACUUGCAAGAAGCUGCCCUCGAUCGUGCUGCAGAACCAGAUCCCGAAGGGCAUGCAGAAGUCCGAGACGCUCAUGCAGAUGGAGGCAACGAUCAAGAAGUACACCGAGGAGAUCUUCCUCACCGAGGACGAUCUGUUCGAUCCGGAUCGCAAGCAGCCUCCUCGCUUCGUCGUGCAGAUCAAGGAUCAGACUAAUCUGGUUGAGAUGCAGGCCACCAAGUUCGAGUGCCAGCUAGCACCGGUCGGUGAUCCGGACAUGAAGGUUGAGUGGUUCUACAAUGGCAAACCGUUGCCGUACAAGAACCGCUUCACUCCGAUCUACGACUUUGGCUACGUGGCGAUGAACUUCGGCUGGAUCUAUCCGGAGGACAGUGGCGAGUACCUGUGCCGUGCGACGAAUCUGUACGGUAUGGACGAAACGCGCGCCAUCAUCAAGACGACCGGAAAGCCCGGCAUCGUCUACGAUUCGCAGCUGCCAAAGGGCAUGAAGAGUAUCCAGAAGAUCCGCGAGAUGGAAGCCUUGUGGAAUCUGAAUAUUCCGGAGGUUAUCGACGAGACGCAGAAACCGAAGAAGGAACCAGCCUUUGUCAGCCGUCCGGAAACGAUCGAGGUGGAGGAAGGUGAAUGGGCACGAUUCUGUUGCCGUGUCACCGGCCAUCCCAAGCCGCGCGUCAUGUGGCUCAUCAACGGACACACCGUGGUUAAUGGCCAACGUUACAAGCUUACCUACGACGGCAUGUAUCACUUCGACAUCCCGAAGACGCGCCAGUACGACACCGGAAAGAUUGAGGUCAUUGCACGUAGCUCCGUCGGUGAGGCGGUCGCUAGCUGUGAGCUGAAGAUCACUCCACGCCGGGACGACUACCGCGGUGUCCUGAAGAACUCGCCAAGACCAUGGUACGACUACGAUCUAGUCGCGUAUCAGAAGGGCCGCAGCGAUACCGACCUGGAGACGACGCUGCAGGAGGAGAAGGCGAAGAAGAAGCGCGUCACCAAGGUGGUGCAGAAGGCCAAGGUGAAGAAGGAGGGCGAGACCGAAUGGCAGAAGACGGUCAAGAAGAAGAAGGGCGAGGAGUACUACAGCAAGCUGGCGGAGCUCGAGACCGAGCAGAUCACGAAGGAGCAGAAGCUGCGGGAAGAGAAGCACCAGUUUGCGAUCCCCGGCGAGAAGGUCGUCAGUCAGUCGAUCGCCAAGGGGAUGGCCAGUGCCUACGAGCAGACGCUGGAAGAGACGAAGGAAAGCGAAAACGUCGAGUUGAUCGAAGCGCCGAAGGCGAAGCUCAUCCCGGAGCCCACGGAAACGUCGGUGCAGGGUAAGGAAGUGCACGUGUCGCAGCAGAAGCAAACGCAAAAGGAGGUGUACGACGACAAGGAGAUCAUCCGCAAGAUUACCGCCACCGAGACGACCGAGAUGGAGCACAAGGGCACGACGCAGGAGCGCGUGGUCGAGGGCCCAGUGCAGCCAACGAAGCCGCCCGUGUUCACCAAGAAGAUUCAGCCCUGCCGGGUGUUUGAGAACGAGCAGGCUCGCUUCGAGGUCGAGUUCGACGGCGAACCGAUGCCGACGGUCAAGUGGUUCCGCGAGAACUUCCAGAUCAACAACUCGUCCGACUUCCAGAUCCACACGUUCGGCACGAAGUCUGUGCUCAUCAUCCGCCAGGUGUUCCUGGAGGAUUCGGCCGUGUUUGCGGUGAUCGCGGAAAACCGGGGCGGAACUGCCAAGUGCAGCGCUAACCUGGUGGUGGAGCAGCGUCGCCAGCAGGGCCGCGGUGGUGUCAUUCCGCCGAGUUUCGUAAGCACCAUCACCGACACGACGGUGUCGGCCGGUCAGCUGGCGCGCUUUGACGCCAAAAUUACCGGCACGAAGCCGCUCGACGUGUACUGGCUGAAGAACGGUCAGAAGCUGACGCCCAACAUCAAGUACAAGAUGCUGGAGGAGGACAACAACUACACGCUGCUGAUCAUCGAGGCGUACGGCGAGGAUGGUGCGAAGUACGAGUGCGUGGCCAUCAACAGUGCGGGAGAGGCGCGCUGCGAUGCCACCUGCACCGUCGACACGCCGGUCACGCCGAUCAUCGAGAAGCCGGCCACCCCGGGCACGGAACGUCCGCCGACCCUCGUCGAGCCGCUCAAGGACAAGACGGUGUCCGAGGGCCAGUCGGUGGAGUUCCGUACGCGCGUCACCGGCAAACCGACGCCGACCGCCCAGUGGUUCAAGGGCGAGAAGCAAAUCAAGCCCUCGAAGUACUUCCAGAUGGGCAAGGAUCGCGACGCGUUCACACUGGUCGUCACCGAGGCGUUCCCGGAGGACGAGGGCCAGUACCUGUGCAUCCUGUCGAAUGCGGGCGGUGAGGUGCACACCACCGCCACGCUGAAGGUCGUGGCGCCGGAAAUGCCGGACGCCGGUCCGAAGCUGAGCGAAAUGAAGGACUGUGUCGUGGACGAGGGUUCGCCGGCACAGUUCAAGACCACGAUCGUCGGCAAGCCGACCAAGAUGACCGUCCAGUGGCUUCGCGAAGGCCUGCUGAUACCAGAAUCGCCAGAUUUUCAGAUGAUCAACGAGGGCAACAACGCGGUGCUGCUGAUCGGAACGACGUACGAGGAAGACUCCGGCCUCUUCACCUGCCGUGUGACCACGUCCGCCGGUCAGGUCGAAACGUCCGCCAAACUGAUAGUCAAAAAACGUCGCAAGCAUCUGCAGCAGGUGCUCGGCGCCGAGGGUCUCCAAGUUUACCAGCAAGAUGUACACCAGGCACAGAAACAGUUCGGCUCCGUGGGAACAACAACCACUACCGCCCAUCAGCAACAGCUGACCGAUCGUGCAUAUGACAGCAGCACGAGUGCCAGCGAAGUGGACACCGAAUUCGUACCGCAGGGCGACGAAAGUCUACCCUGGCGACGGUCGCGAAGUCUGUCCCGGGGGCCAACGCCAACCGUGGCACCAUGGAGACGCGCCUCGCAGGAUCGCCGAACGUCCCGGGAUCGCUCGCUGUCGAUCGACAAGCGGGAAGAGGUGAAACCGUGGACGGCCGAGGUGAUCAAGCUGAAGAAAACGGCCAAGGAACGCAAAACGGUCGAAAGGGAGAAGCUGGAAACGGUGCAGCUGAAACCGACCCAGAUUCAGAAGGCGCAGGUUAAGCGCGAAGAGCUGGCGAAGGUCGAGCUGAAGGCGGUGAAACGCGAGCAACAGGAAAUUACCGAGCAGCACAUGGAGGAGAUGGUCGAAGCGAUCAUCAGCGAGCAGCGAUCGGAGGAUCGGGUGGACUCGGGCCUCCAGAAGCUGCGCCAUGAUGAGGAUACGUCCAUACUGGCGAUAACGCAGCAGGUGGACGAGCUGAUACGUAAGGACAUAGAAGAGAAGGCUGAGGGUGUUCCGUGGCGUCGAGGAGGCCCGAAGAAGGAACACGCACUCAGCAAAGAGCAAUUCGUUGAAACAGACGAAAGCACCCGCCUCAGGGUAGAUAGAGACGAAACUACAGAAGAGCAAGAGGAGAAUAAACUUGUACUGAACCAAGAGGCUGGAGUGGCUUGGCGAAGGGGAAAACGACCCGAGCCGAAGCCAGAACCCUUCAGCCAGGUGGAAGAUACCACCACCCUAAGCGUCGAUCGUUUGGAAGAGCAUACAGAGCAACAGAAGGAAACGAAACCCAUCGAACAGCCAGUGGCGUGGCGAAGAGGACCGAAGGAAAAGCAACCAACUACCAUCGAACAGGCACCGGAAGAGCCGGCUGCUGCCGCAACGGAAGAGCAACCGCAGGAGCCUCAGCUUCCACCAUGGAUGCGUGGUCGCAAGCCGGGACCGAAGCGAGACCUCCCCAAACCGGCCGAGCCGGAAAAGGUCGAGCAGGUGCUGCUGAAGCCUACCCCGAGGCUUAAAAAGGAGCUACCCAAAGAGACGGUCGAGGAAGUUUCUCUCAAACCGGUCCCGAAAAAGCCCACCACGGAAGAGGUGACUCCUGCAGUUUCCGAAGAAGCCGAGGAAGCUACGGUUAAGUUGGUGAAAAAGAAGAAACCAAAGCCAGCACAACCGGAACUGGAAGUGUACGAAAAAACAGAAUUCACUCCCACCGAAGUACCGGUGGCCGAGAAGCUUGAGUUGCCAGAGAAAAUUAUUGAAGAGAAACCACAAAAACCUGCACAAGAACCCGAGACAGCUAGCUGGCGUCGUCAGCAGAAACCACGGCCGGAAGAAGAAGUUCUAGAGGAAAAGCAGUGGCCCACGGGCAAGCGACGUCCGUUACCAGAGGAACCAAAAGAGGAGGUUCUACUUAAGCCGAUACCGAAGCCAACCAAAGAAGUUGAGCCCAAACCUGUCGAGGAACUGCAUCUCCAACCGAAACCGAUACCGGAAAAUGCCGAUAGUCGGCAAGAACCAGAAGUGGUCCCAUUAGUUUUGGAGAAACCAACCGAACCGGUGGAAGAUGAUAGCCUUCCUCCAUGGCGCCGUGGCAAGAAACCGGUACAAAAGAAAGAACUCCCUAAGCCGGCCGAAGUGGAAAGAGUGGAAAAGAUUGAGCUAAAACCAACUCGACGUGAGAGGAAAGAGAUUCCUAAGGAGUCACUGGAGGAGGUUGCACUGAAGCCCGUUCCGAAGCCUGUAAAAGAAGUCGAACUAGAACAAGAGCAGCAGGCGACUGUUACGAUUGAACCGGUAGAACCGACACAAGAGGUAAAGAAGAAGAAAAAGAAGAUAAUUCCAAAAGUGACUCCAAAGCCUGAAGAGGAAGAACCGCGUGAUGAUAUUGAAGUUCCGGAGCCGGAACCCGUUGAGUCUGUUCCUGAAGUCGUGCAAGAACCUAUCCAAGAAGCUCCUGAACCAAAGGAACCGGAAGACGAUGAAUCUCAUCUGCCACCGUGGCGUCGCGGUCGUAAGGGAGUGCCCAAACGCGAAAUCCCCAAGGAAGAGCCUCAGGUCAUGGAAACGGUUACGCUUAAACCCACACCCAAGAGGGCCAAGGAACUUCCGCAAGAAUCCAUUGAAGAAGUUUCGCUGAAACCGGUACCUCAUAAGCCGGACGUUGUGGAACUCCCCGAAGCCCCAAUCGAAAUGGCAACGAUAAAGGAAGUAGCCCCAAAGAAGGUGAAGAAACCGAAGCGAAAGGACGAACCGGAGGCUCUCGAGAAGCCAGUAUAUCCGGACAUCCCGGAACCAGAACCGGUCGAGCUGGAGAAAGUGGAACCUAUCCCGGUUGAAGUUACUAAAGAACCGGAAGUUACUCCGGAGCAACCUCCAUGGCGCAGGACACCCAAACCCAAACCAGCCGAAGUUGAGCCCGAGGAAAAGAAGUGGCCGACCGGAAAGAGACGCCCAUUGCCGGAAGAGCCGAAGGAAGAAGUUGUGUUGAAACCGAUUCCUAAGCCCGUCAAGGAAGUGGAACCCGAGCCGGAGAAACAGGUGGCAAUCAAACCGAAGAAACCAUUGCCAGAACCAGCGGAACCGAUUGAGCUUCCACAAAUUGAACCUGUCAAAUACGUACCAGAGCCAGAAAAGGAAGUUGUCGAACCUGCUCAGGAGCAGAAGGAACCGGAAGAUGAUGAAUCUCAUCUGCCACCGUGGCGUCGUGGUCGUAAGGGAGUUCCCAAACGCGAAACUCCCAAGGAAGAGCCUCAGGUCAUGGAAACGGUCACACUGAAACCUACUCCCAAGAGGGCCAAGGAACUUCCGCAAGAGUCUCUUGAAGAGGUAUCGCUGAAACCGGUGCCUCAAGUACCGGAAGUCGAGGAACUUCCAGAGGCUUCAGUCGAAAUGGCAACGAUAAAGGAAGUAGCUCCAAAGAAGGUGAAGAAACCGAAGCGUAAGGACGAACCGGAGGCUCUAGAGAAGCCAGUAUAUCCGGACAUCCCGGAACCAGAACCGGUCGAGCUGGAGAAAGUGGAACCUGUCCCCGUUGAAGUUACUAAAGAACCGGAAGUUACUCCGGAGCAACCUCCAUGGCGCAGGACACCCAAACCCAAACCAGCCGAAGUUGAGCCCGAGGAAAAGAAGUGGCCGACCGGAAAGAGACGCCCAUUGCCGGAAGAGCCGAAGGAAGAAGUUGUGUUGAAACCGAUUCCUAAACCCGUCAAGGAAGUAGAACCCGAGCCGGAGAAACAGGUGACAAUCAAACCAAAACCACAAGAGCCAUUGCCUGCGCCGGAAAAACCAGAACCAACACCGUGGCGUCGCGGAAAGAAGGAAAAAUCCCCGGUCGAGGAAGAGAAACCGAAGGAGUGGCUCACGGGAAAACGAAGACCCCUGGAUGAAGUUCCGAAGGAAGAAGUUACAUUAAAACCGAUUCCCAAGCCAACGGUAGAGGAAGUGCCAAAGCCAGCGGAAGAACCAGUUCUAAUCCGUCCGACUCCAAAACCGGAGGAACCGGAGGAACCGAAGGCUACACCGUGGCGCCGAGGAAAGAAGGAACUUCCGAAAGAAGAGCCACCGAAGGAGGAAGUCACGCUGAAGCCAAUUCCGAAGGCUACCGCCCCACUGGAAACGGUAACGGAGGAGAUCAUCCUUAAGCCGGUCCCGGCACAGGAAGCAAUCGAAGAGAUCAUCCCAGCGCCACAUACUCUUCAACCCGUCCGAGACGUCACCGUGGAACAGGUUGUGACGAAGAAAACGAAGCGCGUGAAAAAGCUGGUACUGAAACCAGCUUUCCCUGUGCCAGAGUACGAGGAGGUUGAGGAGUCGGUCACGUUCGAAGAACCCGAAGAGCCGGCCCAAGUGGCCGAAACGAUCGUCGACAUUGUGCCGGAGGAAGUGUUGGAUCUGAUUCCGGAGCAAGCGCCCCGAGAGGUGGCGAAGAAACGGAAGUCACGUAAUAAGAAGCAUGUCGUAUUCAAGGAAGAACUCAGCACUUUUGCGAUGGAACCGGAGGAGGAAGACGAAGAGGAAAACGAGGAAGAGCAACAACAGCUGGUUCAGGAGAUUUCACGCUCCAGUAUUACUCUGGCACGUCCAGUUCCGGAGAGCAAACCGGAAUCCGUCGUUCCUGCUCCGGUGGAGGAGGAAGAACUCCAGACGGCCGAGUUCCACAAGGAAAUGGAAGUGCGCGUGCAGUCUAACAUCGUCAAGAAGGAAAAGCAAAGGCGAGUGUUCAUCCACGACGACAGCCAACCACUCCCGGAGCUGGAGAUAAUCACGCAGAAGCGCGUCCAAGAGGUCACGGACAAGGUGGCCGAGGAGGACGUCCGCGAGGAGCGUAAGCUGCGCGAAACGACGCAACAGCGCAUCGCCGAGACAAAGAUCCAAGAACGUUCCCUCACGAUCGUGAAGCCGAACGUGAAACCGCCGAACAUUGUCGAGAAGCUACAGCCACAGAUCUGUGAGCCUCAGAAGCCGGUGCAGCUGCGUUGUCGUAUCGAGGGCGUACCGUUCCCUGAAGUGCGCUGGCUCUUCAACGAUACGGUCCUGUUCGCAAACCCUGAGUAUGUGAUGAACGUGGUGGAGGACGUGGCUACGCUGGAGAUUGCCACCGUCCAACCGUACCACGUGGGCAUCUACACGUGCGAGGCGAAGAAUGUGGCGGGAGUAGCCAUCAGCAGGGCCAACAUCGUCGUCCAGGAGAAGGAAGAGACCGGUGAGGCUCCACGGUUUGUAGUUCCGCUGAAGAUCGAACUGAAUGAGGCGAAAACGGUGGCUACGAUCACCUGCCAGGUGGCCGGCAUUCCCACACCCAAGGUCCGCUGGAUGCGUGACGAGGUAGAGAUCAUCGAGGAGGAGGAAGAGGAGAUCGAAACCUACUACGAACAGCGUACGGGACACGUGCGCUUGACGGUGAAGCGUCCGCAACAGAACGUUCCCGUUGUCUACACAGUGCUGGCGGAGAACAAGUUCGGCAAGGCGGUCGGUAAAGCGAAUGUAUUCAUCCAGUCCGUGGUGCUGGAACGCGUGAAACCGUCCGCAGUGGCGCCACAGAUUGUACAGCCUCUGGAAGCGCAGGUGGUCCGUACGGGAAGCACGCUGGUGUUCGAGUGUCGAUACACGGGUGCUCCCCGACCGACCGUUAAGUGGUUGCGCAACAAUAAGGAAAUUGUCGAGGAGGAAGAGAUCACGAUCGUCACCGAGGAGUACUAUAGUCGGUUGGAGAUUCGUCGCGUCACCCGCCAGCGUGGAGGCAAGUACGAGAUCACCGUCACCAACGAGGCAGGACAGGCCAAGUCGUCCGCCUCCGUUGCCAUCUCGGACGCUACCGAUACAGACGAGGCUAAGGCGCCACGCUUCGUGGAACCGCUGGUGCCCAAGCUGAUUGCCGAGGCGGAAGUCUGCAUCCUGGAGGCGUCGGUCGAUAGCUACCCGACGUCGACGUUCCAGUGGUUCAAGGAGGGCACGGCGAUCCGCUCCUCCAACGAGCAGCGCAUCGUCACGACCGACAACCGAUCGAUUCUGAUCAUCGAGUCGUUCAAGCGCCAGGACACGGGCGCGUACACGUGCCGUGCGGAGAAUGUGGCGGGUUCUGUAACGUCCACUGCGACCGUCCAGACGCUGGACACCAUCGAAACCGAGGAGGUUACCGAAUACAUAUCACCGCGGUUUUUGGAGACAAUCAAACCGACGCGUGUUAUGGAUGGCGAGCGCCUGACGCUCGAGUGUCGCGUCGUGGCGAUGCCGCUGCCCAAAGUCCACUGGUACCACAACGCGCAGCUGAUCCAGGAAACGAAGGACAAGCAGGUGCACCAGGACUCCACCGGUCGCUGCGUGCUCACCAUCAGCGAGGUGUUCCCCGAGGACAAGGGUGAGUAUACGUGCGUGGCGGAAAAUCGCAUCGGCGAGGCCAUCUGCCGGGCGACGAUCAGCGUCGAGCCGUUCGAGUACGUGCCCGAUUCGGAGCAGUUCCGCAGCUCAGAGGAAGAUUUGUUGACAGAUAAGUCUAUUUCAACACUGGAAGAGUACGCGGAACCGAUCGAAUAUGCACCGCAGAUCGUGAAGCAGCUGCCAACGAUCAUCCACUCGCAGGAACGCGAGCUAACCAAGCUGGAGGUGAAGGUCCACGCGCACCCGAAGCCCCAGAUUCGUUGGCUGAAGGCCGGUGAAGAGAUCAUACCUUCGGAGGAGUUCCAGAUCGAGAACUUCGCCGACGGCACCUCGAUCCUGAUCAUCAACGACAUCUAUCCGGACGACUCGGGCGAGAUUACGUUCGAGGCGCAUAAUGCCCUCGGCGUUGCCAUGACAACGACCGAGCUGGUUGUAGAAGAAAUCGUUGGAACCAAAGCGUAUCGCAAACCGGAAUGGGUGCAGCACAUGGAGGAGAUGAAGCAAGCACUGCAAGAAACACCAGAUCUCAGAGAAGAUGACCGCACCACCAUCGACAGCACCAUCAACACCACCAUGAACACUACAACAGUCAUGAAGAAAAAACACAAGAAGCUACGAUCCGAAAGAAAGCAGCAGCGUCACGCGGACGAAGAGACAGAGAUCGUCGAUAGUGAGGAAUCGAUCGAAGAGCGUCGACGCGAGUCGGUGCAGCAGCGCCGCCGGCAGCCACUGUCCCUCCUGCGUCCCCUGCUGCCCAGCGAGGAGCAGGUGCAGGAGGAGUUGGCCCCUGAUUUUGUUACCUCCCCGUUGCGCGAAACUCACAGCUUGCCGCUGGAGGUCGCCUCGGUGUCGAGUGAGCCGACCGUUUUGAACCUGGUCUCCAAUCUGCUGGAGCCGGCGAACACGACCGGCACUAGUGCCACGGUGAACGUCGUGCCGGAGAAGGCUCUGGUUACGGAGGAGGUGUUUUCGUCCGAGCGCGAGUCCGAUACGCUGCUCCUGGACAGUGCCCGACUGGCCACCAGUCCCCAGUACAAGCUUUUUGGUCUGAACGAACCGGUUGAAGUGUCCGAGGUAAGUGCGCAGGAAAGUUCAUUCGAGCAAGGUCCUUCGAAGGUGCCACAGGUGGCUCUGGCCACCCGGGACUACGUCCCUGUGCAGCCGCUUGUCGUAAGCGAAUCCGACAUCCACGAUAGUGCCGCUUUGCUGGAGCAACCCGCCUCCGAGGCGGUGAGCAAUGCCACCGUUCAGCUCCUAACGCACGACGCUACGAUCGUACAAGAAACCGUGUCGACUCAGGCGGAACGGGAUCUGCCGGACCUGCAACGUCCUACCGCGAGUCACGCACAUCCGAACGUUCUCUCCCGCGAGUCGCUUCAGGUGACUGAGGUGAGUCGCAUUGAAAAAGAGGACGCAUUCGAUGGGCGCCUGAAGUUACCGCUGGUACAACCAAACUACCAGAUAUUGCCGUCCGAAUCGAUCCAGAUGGAGGAAACGAUCACGCAGGACGCCCCGAGUCGCUACUACCCGGAGCUCGUCGUUCCAACCGAAAGCGCCCGCGCUCGGUUUAUCGAGCAGAAGUCCUACGUCACCGAGGUGAUGAACGCCCCGGAACGGGAGAACACCUACGUACCGGGACGACUUCCGCCGCAGCAAUGGGCUGACGUGCAGUGCGACCUGAAGGAACCCCUCUCAGUGACGGCGCAGCAAAUCCAGGAGAACGAGACAGAGUUUGCCACCGGACCACAGGUAACCUCGUACCAGGCGACGGGCACGGUCACAAUGAUCGAGAACCAACUGGUAACACAGCUGGUCAACGAAAGUACGAACGCGGAAAGCUUCCAAGCGGAACCGCUCGAAACGAAGACCGCCUCCGUUGAGUUCCUGGAACGAUCCAGUGUGUCCGUGUCGAACGUGGUCAGCAACGAGACCGAGGCGAAGCUGGAACCCUUCGAAGUGCUCGGUACGGCCAUGGCCCUCAGCACCCUAACCUCACUCAAACCGGUCAGCGAAUCGACGGAGGCCUUCGUGCAUGAGAAGGAAACGCUCCACCAGGGAGCGCCGCAGCCCAACCUAGCCUUUGCGGCAACGCUGCUGGAACCGAUCGAGAAUCUAGCCAUCACGGAGAUCGAGACGGCCGAUACGGCCGGCAGGUUUUCACCGGAGGCGGAAGAUCGCACCGAGCAGGCCACAGCCAGCUUCGUGCCGGUUCAAUCGCACUCCGUCGGGACGGUGGAAACGCACGAGAAGGAGUCGGAGCUGGCCGCGAAAACUCCCGCCCAGCCUGUGUUUGCCGAGAGGCAGCUCAAUCUUCAACACCAGCUGGAAGUGGUGGAAGCUGAGGCAAACGAGCGAGAGUCCACCUUCCUGCCGAUCACUGCACCGGCCGACCAAUUCCUCAAACCAACACCGACGGACAGUCUCAAGUCGGUGACGGUGCAGGAAACGAUUGCGGGUGUGUCCGAGGGUGAGUUGGAGAAAUUCUCACCCACAUCACAACUCGCGCGAUUCGUGCGCAUGGAUGAACACGAAGAGAAGACCGUCUCGGAGCUGACCGUCUACGAAUCGCUCCGGGCGCACGAAGAACCGGUGAGACCCGAGGAGAAGACCGCCGAACGCCAUCUACCUGAGCUGGCUAGCGAGCUUAUGGUGACGGAAGUAAUCAGUGGCCAAACGGCGGGUGAAGUGACUCAUCCGCAGGAGCUGGCGAAGGAUCACGUCCUCCAGCCGACUCCAACUCACUCGCUCAGGAUCGUGCAGGUGGAAGAGACGGUGGCAAACGAAGGACUGGAGCAGUUCGAUCGGCAAACUCUCGUAACCUCCCAGGCUAACGUAGGCGGUAGUGCGCACGAGGAAACGGUCAUCUCGGAAACGAUGGUGCUAGAGGGCGCCACCGUGUACUGCGCUCCGGAAGCUCCGGCACCCAAAUCCGCCCUCCCGAACGUUGACCGGCUGGUCGAAGGAUUGACCGUGACGGAGGUUGUCUCGGAGCAACGUGAACAAGCGGAUACAACCGAUCAACCGACGGUCAAGGAUCGUACAGCAAAGGCAGUGCCGACGGAAGCGCUCAAAUCGGUGCUCAUCGAGGAGGUGCAGCUGUCAAGCAUGGCAGAAACCAUGUCAACGCCAGAGACCGUACGAAGCGAGGCGCACGUAAGGCUGAGCGAUACGCGAGAACAAACUACCGUCCAAGAAUCGGUCGUACUCGAGGACGUCCAGAAGCUGGCCGAGGCGGACCAGCCCGAACGAAAGCGAGCCGAAACGACACUAACCGAGCCCCGCACCGAACUAACGAUCACUGAGGUCGUGACGGAAGAUCGCGAGCGUGAAGGCUUCGACGUGGCCGCUAUUGCGCGAGACUACACGGCACACCCGGUACCAACGGAGUCACUCAAGUCGGUGCAGGUAGAAACGGUGGAACUGGUCGAUUCCGUCGCCGCCAUCGGCACACCGAGUGUCGCCCAGUCGUCCGCCACCGUGCAAAGGGAUCAGCUCGAAGAGAAGAUCAUCAGCGAGCAGGUGGUUUACGAAGGCGUGGACCAUUACGAGCGAGAGAGUGUCUCCAUGCGGCAGGCAGAACCUCUGCUGGAGCCAAGAAGUGAGCUCACGAUUGUGGAAGUGGUCACCGAACAGAAGGAAGACGAGCGGGUCGAGCCGGAGCCGGUGAAAGAUGCGCGCGCCCAGACGAUUCCCUCGCAUAUGCUCAAGACGAUUCUGGUGGAACAGGUUCUUGCGUCGGAUUCUCUCGAGCGAAUGGAACAACCGCUGCAGCCAGAAACCCUCGCCCACGUGCAGAGUGACCAGCGCGAACAGACCACGGUGUCGGAAACCAUCGCCUAUGAGGGAACCGACCGACUGCAGGACGCGGUGAGGCCAAGCGAAAAAACCGCCGAUCUCACCAUCAUUCCCAACACCGAACUUCAAGUCGCCGAAACGGUUGUGGAGCAGCGGGAAAAGGAGGGCUUCAGCCUAGCAGAUCUCGCCCAGGAUCAGGUGGCGCGGCAGGUUCAAAGUCACGCCCUGAAGUCGAUCCAGGUGCUGGAAACGCUCACCAACGAGAUCACAACGCAGCUAAGUCAUGAGGGGCCCAAUGCAACGAAAGCUUCGACACAAAGUGACGCGCUCGAGCAAACGACUGUAUCGGAAACGUUUGCCUUUGAAGACACGCCCGCCAUGGAGGCCCCCACCAAACCGGCCACGAAGUUGGCGGAAUCCGUAUACGAGCCACAGGUCGGCGUGAUCGUAACGGAAGUCAACCCGGCACAAAAAGAGCGCGAAGGUUUCAGUGCGGCCGAACUGGCGCAAGAUCACACUGCGAUACCCGUAGCCGGACACGCGCUGAAGACGGUCCUGGUGGAAGAGGUUACGGUCUCCGAUACGCUCGAUAAACUACAGUCCCCGCAGCAGCUGACCAGCUCUGCCACGGUGCUGAGCGAACAGUUUGAGCAAACAACCGUGCAGGAGACGACGGUGUUCGAGCGCUCCGAGCAGCUACCGGUGGACGAGCUACCGGCAACAAAGUCCGCCGACCGGUCGUUCCUUCCGAACGCAGAGCUUAUCGUCACGGAAGUGGUCAGUGAGCAGAAGGAACGGGAAGGCUACGACGUGGCCGAGCUGGCCCGUGACCAUACCGCCAAGCGGACGGUCACUACGCACGAGCUGAAGUCGGUCACGGUCGAAGAAACGCAGACCGGUGAAAGUGCAACCCGGCUUGAGGAGGAACGGUUGGCGGAGACGACCUCCGCUGCGUUUAAAGAAGAUCGCCUCAGUGAAACCAUCGUUCAAGAGCCCGUCGUUAUGGAAAGCAUCGAUACCUACUCGAUGGAGUUUACGCCGAAGGAAAAACAAGCCCUACCAAAUGUCACUCCGAUGACGGAGCUGGUCGUGAUGGAGGUUGUGUCGGAGCAGAAGGAGAGCGAAGGCUACUCGGUGCAGGACAUCGCACAGCAGCACGUGGUGAAGCUGCUCCCAUCGCACACACUGAAGUCGGUGACCGUCGAAGAGGUGCAACCGUCCGAUGGCGUUGGAGAGGUGGACGAGACGCGUACCACCCAGCAUACCGCCAGCGUAAGCGAAGGUCAGCUGGAGUCGCAAACCGUAUCCGAACAGCUCGUCCUCGAAGGACUCGAUGUGUUGGCCGAACAGCAACAGCCGGCUCCGAAAUCGGCUACCUCGAACAUCGAGGCCAUCAGCGAGGUACAGGUGACGGAAGUCGUUUCCGAGCAGAGGGAGCAGGAAGGCUACGAUGUACAGCAGAUUUCUAGCAACUACGUCGCCAAAGAGGUCCCGUCCCAUACGCUCCGAUCCGCGCUUGUCGAAGAAACGCUCCCGGUCGAUGGCCUACAGCAGCUGGACAGCGUUCCACUAGGUUCGCACGCCAAACCACUGACCGACGAGAUCGAAGAACGGAUCAUUGCGGAAACGGUGGUGCUGGAAAAUGUCGACACCCUGGAGUUGCACUCCCGGCCGGAGGAGAAACGAGCCGAGAAGGUGCUACAGAGUCAAAUCGGGCUGGAGGUGACGGAGGUGAAUGCCGAGCAGAAGGAACGCGAUGGUUACAACGUGGCCGAUCUGAUGGUUCAGCAGGCCGCCAAAACGAUCCCCACCGAACCGCUCAAAUCGAUUACGGUCGAGGAAGUGGUGCUAUCCAGCGGUACGGAAGACAUUGGAGCGAAGGACGUGACCGCCACAUCUUCGGCCACGGUUCGCAGCGAUGAGCGUCAAGAGACGACCGUAUCGGAGCAAGUUGUCUAUGAAGGAGUCGAUCGCUUUGAUGAGCUGAGCGCUCCCGAGCAGAAAACAGCCUCCAGAUCCAUGCAGCCCAGUCAAGAGCUGAUCGUUACCGAAGUGGUGUCUGAGCAGAAGGAAUACGAUGGUUUCGAUGUACAGGCGAUCGCCAGCGCCAACACCGCUCACGUUGUUCCGGCGCAACUUCUUAAAUCCCUCGCCGUAGAACAGGUGGAAACGGUGGAAGGUCACGGAGAAAUGAAGGACGGGUUGUCUAUGCCAAGCGAGGGUCGCGCAUCCGUGAACGAAACCGAGCUAGAGCAGAAGACUAUACAGGAAACAUUGGUUUACGAAAAUGUUGCCGAAAAGCCGUCUGAACAAGCGCCGGAACAGAGGCUGGCCGAUUUCUGCGUACAGCCGAUCCAAGAACUCGUCAUCACCGAGGUGAUUGCCGAGCAGAAGGAGCGCGAUGGAUUCGAUGUGCAGGAGAUAGCUAAGAACUAUACGAUCCGUGCGACGACGGCAGGCCUACACAAAUCCGUUGAAGUUCGCGAGGUGCAAACAACGGACAAUCUGACCGAACUUGAAAUAACAACCAGCACCGCAAAGGCAACAACCAGCACCGAUAGGCUCGAGGAAACUAUAGGCUCGGAGACCACGGUGCUGGAAGGUUUUACGAAUUUGGUGGAAAUCAGUCCGGACAGAAAAACAGCUACACCCGCCGUACUCCCCAAGGACGAGCUGACGAUCACGGAAGUUGUGGCAGAGCAGCGUGAAAAGGAUGGCUACGAUGUGCGAGAGAUGGCUAAAAAUUUUACCGCGCAAUCGCUGCCAGCCGGGGAAGCGAUGAAAUCGAUCAUUGUGGAAGAAGUUCUUGUGAGUCACGACACGCCACAGAUGGCUCCUACUCAGAGUGUCACGCAGGAAGCAUCGUUCACCACGGAUCAAUCCGAACAGACCACCGUUUCGGAAACCAUCGUGUACGAAAAUCUGGGUCAACAACAAGUACAAGCUACUCCCAAAACGUUACACGCGGCCCCAAGUGUGGACGUGGUGUCGGAGGUUACCAUUACCGAAGUAAUCGCUGAACAGAAAACACAGGAAGGUAUCGAGCUGCCCGUGGUGGAGGGUCAGAAGGCAAAACUGCUGCCCAGUGAUGCACUGAAAUCCCUCACAGUGCAACAAGUUGAUGCACUGCAAAGUGUAACAGAUGUGCAGGAGGAACAGGUGCAGAAAACUAAAGCGUUUGUUAAAAGUGACACGAUCGACGAAACGACAACGAUGGAAACAACCGUGCUGGAGAACACCGCCGAAUAUAAACAGCAACUUGAGAUGAAUAUGCAAGCGGCAAAGUCCUCUACGGAUGAGGUUAUCAGGCAAUCACUCAUGAUAGAGCAAGUACUGACGUUGCAAAAGCCGGGAUCAUUCGCGUCAGACGCCUCGAAACCGUUGGAGGCCUCCGGAUCCUUAUCACCGGAUCAAUUGUUGCAAACCACGGUCCAGGAAGUCAUGGUCUUGGAAGGCACGGAAAAUCUAUCCGCCGAGCUUACGAUGGAUAAAAAGUAUCCUACACUCGACAUGCAAGGCCUCGAACUCCCCGUCUACAAUGAGGUCUCUGUGUCAGACACGAUGGCCGAACUAGCACCGAAACAGGAACCGGCGGCAAGCGCAAAACAGAGUCUCAACGAUAUGCUCUCGGCAGCGGCUACCUCGGAGACAUUGAGCCAGGAUUCGUUCAACCAACUUAGCGAUACCAAUAAGGCCGCUGCUCAGCAAGCUCACCGUACUAUGUCCAAUUUGUUCGUAUCGUCCACUACCGAAACAGUGCUGGGUGAGGGGUUAGAUAGGUCCGAUUUCAGUCUGCCAUCCGUGGCUCAUACUGCGUCCGUUAAAUUUACCGACACGACAGUAGUUCCCCUUCAGUCCGAGCAACUGGCAGCUGACACGGCACAGCCAUUCGAAGAGACAGUCGAGCCACGUAAGUUUGCCUCCACUGUGAUGGAGGAUGGUUUGAGGGCACCUGAAUGUUUAGAGAUAGCGAGUAACGAGUUGAACGACGUCACCAUGGACUUGGUAACGUCGGAGAGACGGGCGUCGGUUACUUUAAUAACUAACCAAACGGUCAAUACUUCCGAAACGACUCUGAGCGAAUAUGUAGAUCGGAUUGAGCUUGCUCAAGAGCCAGAACAGCGGUUCGCAAGACUGACACAAUCUGCUCUGCUUACGUAUGAAGAGUCUCGUCCUGUGAUAGAAAAGGAUCACACAGGACACAAAACACGAAAAACACAGACACACAGCAAACAGCUCAAGCACAUGGAAGAGCACACCGGGGAGGAACUAGAAACGCACGAACUCUUACACAUACAUGCAAACACCACAUCCAAGAAGACACAAAAAACACAAACCAAUAUUCUUGCGAAACAAACCAACGAAGAAAAUUUGAUUGUGGAAAUGCCUGAAGAGGUGAAGAUCACCGAGAUCAUCACUGAAGAAGGCAAGGCCAAGAAGCAAGUGGUCAAGAAACGCGUCAUCAAGAAGAAGACCGGAAAGAAGGAGCAGGUCACCGAGAUCGUCACCGUCCAAGAAGACGAUCAGCUGCCGCAGACGACUGUCACUGUCACUGAGAAGGAGCUUCCGUUCGAGGAAGUGACCGAGUUCCAGCCUACUCUGGUGCAACCACAAGAGGCCAUCGUGCAAGAGAUGCCUGAGGAAGUGAAGAUCACCGAGGUCGUCACUGAAGAAGGCAAGGCCAAGAAGCAAGUGAUCAAGAAACGCGUCAUCAAGAAGAAGGCCGGAAAGAAGGAGCAGAAGGAGCUUCCUUUCGAGGAAGUGACCGAGUUCCAGCCUACUCUGGUGCAACCACAAGAGGCCAUCGUGCAAGAGAUGCCUGAAGAGGUGAAGAUCACCGAGGUGGUCACUGAAGAAGGCAAGGCCAAGAAGCAAGUGAUCAAGAAACGCGUCAUCAAGAAGAAGGCCGGAAAGAAGGAGCAGGUCACCGAGAUCGUCACCGUCCAAGAAGACGAUCAGCUGCCGCAGACGACUGUCACUGUCACUGAGAAGGAGCUUCCGUUCGAGGAAGUAACCGAGUUCCAGCCUACUCUGAUGCAACCACAAGAGGCGAUCGUGCAAGAGAUGCCUGAAGAGGUGAAGAUCACCGAGGUGGUCACUGAAGAAGGCAAGGCCAAGAAGCAAGUGGUCAAGAAACGCACGACUGUCACUGUCACUGAGAAGGAGCUUCCGUUCGAGGAAGUGACCGAGUUCCAGCCUACUCUGGUGCAACCACAAGAGGCCAUCGUGCAAGAGAUGCCUGAGGAAGUGAAAGUCACUGAGGUUAUCACUGAAGAAGGCAAGCCCAAGAAGCAAGUGGUCAAGAAACGCGUCAUCAAGAAGAAGACCGGAAAGAAGGAGCAGGUCACCGAGAUCGUCACCGUCCAAGAAGACGAUCAGCUGCCGCAGACGACUGUCACUGUCACUGAGAAGGAGCUUCCGUUCGAGGAAAAACGCGUCAUCAAGAAGAAGGCCGGAAAGAAGGAGCAGGUCACCGAGAUCGUCACCGUCCAAGAAGACGAUCAGCUGCCCCAGACGACUGUCACUGUCACUGAGAAGGAGCUUCCGUUCGAGGAAGUGACCGAGUUCCAGCCUACUCUGGUGCAACCACAAGAGGCCAUCGUGCAAGAGAUGCCUGAGGAAGUGAAAGUCACUGAGGUUAUCACUGAAGAAGGCAAGCCCAAGAAGCAAGUGGUCAAGAAACGCGUCAUCAAGAAGAAGGCCGGAAAGAAGGAGCAGGUCACCGAGAUCGUCACCGUCGAAGAAGACGAUCAGCUGCCCCAGACGACUGUCACUGUCACUGAGAAGGAGCUUCCGUUCGAGGAAGUGACCGAGUUCCAGCCUACUCUGCUACAACCACAAGAGGCGAUCGUGCAAGAGAUGCCUGAGGAAGUGAAAGUCACUGAGGUUAUCACUGAAGAAGGCAAGCCCAAGAAGCAAGUGGUCAAGAAACGCGUCAUCAAGAAGAAGGCCGGAAAGAAGGAGCAGAAGGAGCUUCCGUUCGAGGAAGUGACCGAGUUCCAGCCUACUCUGGUGCAACUACAAGAGGCCAUCGUGCAAGAGAUGCCUGAGGAAGUGAAGAUCACCGAGGUUAUCACUGAAGAAGGCAAGCCCAAGAAGCAAGUGGUCAAGAAACGCGUCAUGAAGAAGAAGGCCGGAAAGAAGGAGCAGGUCACCGAGAUCGUCACCGUCCAAGAAGACGAUCAGCUGCCCCAGACGACUGUCACUGUCACUGAGAAGGAGCUUCCGUUCGAGGAAGUGACCGAGUUCCGGCCUACUCUGAUGCAACCACAAGAGGCCAUCGUGCAAGAGAUGCCUGAGGAAGUGAAAGUCACUGAGGUUAUCACUGAAGAAGGCAAGGCCAAAAAGCAAGUGAUCAAGAAACGCACGACUGUCACUGUCACUGAGAAGGAGCUUCCGUUCGAGGAAGUGACCGAGUUCCAGCCUACUCUGGUGCAACCACAAGAGGCGAUCGUGCAAGAGAUGCCUGAGGAAGUGAAGAUCACCGAGAUCGUCACUAAAGAAGGCAAGGCCAAGAAGCAAGUGGUCAAGAAACGCGUCAUCAAGAAGAAGGCCGGAAAGAAGGAGCAGGUCACCGAGAUCGUCACCGUCCAAGAAGACGAUCAGCUGCCCCAGACGACUGUCACUGUCACUGAGAAGGAGCUUCCGUUCGAGGAAAAACGCGUCAUCAAGAAGAAGGCCGGAAAGAAGGAGCAGGUCACCGAGAUCGUCACCGUCCAAGAAGACGAUCAGCUCCCGCAGACGACUGUCACUGUCACUGAGAAGGAGCUUCCGUUCGAGGAAGUGACCGAGUUCCAGCCUACUCUGAUGCAACCACAAGAGGCCAUCGUGCAAGAGAUGCCUGAAGAGGUGAAGAUCACCGAGGUGGUCACUGAAGAAGGCAAGGCCAAGAAGCAAGUGAUCAAGAAACGCGUCAUCAAGAAGAAGGCCGGAAAGAAGGAGCAGGUCACCGAGAUCGUCACCGUCCAAGAAGACGAUCAGCUGCCCCAGACGACUGUCACUGUCACUGAGAAGGAGCUUCCGUUCGAGGAAGUGACCGAGUUCCAGCCUACUCUGAUGCAACCACAAGAGGCCAUCGUGCAAGAGAUGCCUGAGGAAGUGAAGAUCACCGAGAUCGUCACUAAAGAAGGCAAGGCCAAGAAGCAAGUGGUCAAGAAACGCGUCAUCAAGAAGAAGGCCGGAAAGAAGGAGCAGAAGGAGCUUCCGUUCGAGGAAGUGACCGAGUUCCAGCCUACUCUGGUGCAACCACAAGAGGCCAUCGUGCAAGAGAUGCCUGAGGAAGUGAAGAUCACCGAGAUCGUCACUAAAGAAGGCAAGGCCAAGAAGCAAGUGGUCAAGAAACGCGUCAUCAAGAAGAAGGCCGGAAAGAAGGAGCAGGUCACCGAGAUCGUCACCGUCCAAGAAGACGAUCAGCUGCCGCAGACGACUGUCACUGUCACUGAGAAGGAGCUUCCGUUCGAGGAAGUGACCGAGUUCCAGCCUACUCUGAUGCAACCACAAGAGGCCAUCGUGCAAGAGAUUCCUGAGGAAGUGAAAGUCACUGAGGUUAUCACUGAAGAAGGCAAGGCCAAGAAGCAAGUGAUCAAGAAACGCACGACUGUCACUGUCACUGAGAAGGAGCUUCCGUUCGAGGAAGUGACCGAGUUCCAGCCUACUCUGAUGCAACCACAAGAGGCCAUCGUGCAAGAGAUGCCUGAAGAGGUAAAGAUCACUGAGGUGGUCACUGAAGAAGGCAAACCCAAGAAGCAAGUGAUCAAGAAACGCGUCAUCAAGAAGAAGGCCGGAAAGAAGGAGCAGGUCACCGAGAUCGUCACCGUCCAAGAAGACGAUCAGCUCCCGCAGACGACUGUCACUGUCACUGAGAAGGAGCUUCCGUUCGAGGAAAAACGCGUCAUCAAGAAGAAGGCCGGAAAGAAGGAGCAGGUCACCGAGAUCGUCACCGUCCAAGAAGACGAUCAGCUGCCCCAGACGACUGUCACUGUCACUGAGAAGGAGCUUCCGUUCGAGGAAGUGACCGAGUUCCAGCCUACUCUGGUGCAACCACAAGAGGCCAUCGUGCAAGAGAUGCCUGAGGAAGUGAAGAUCACCGAGAUCGUCACUAAAGAAGGCAAGGCCAAGAAGCAAGUGGUCAAGAAACGCGUCAUCAAGAAGAAGGCCGGAAAGAAGGAGCAGGUCACCGAGAUCGUCACCGUCCAAGAAGACGAUCAGCUGCCCCAGACGACUGUCACUGUCACUGAGAAGGAGCUUCCGUUCGAGGAAGUGACCGAGUUCCAGCCUACUAUGGUGCAACCACAAGAGGCCAUCGUGCAAGAGAUGCCUGAGGAAGUGAAAGUCACCGAGGUUAUCACUGAAGAAGGCAAGGCCAAGAAGCAAGUGGUCAAGAAACGCGUCAUCAAGAAGAAGGCCGGAAAGAAGGAGCAGAAGGAGCUUCCGUUCGAGGAAGUGACCGAGUUCCAGCCUACUCUGUUGCAACCACAAGAGGCCAUCGUGCAAGAGAUUCCUGAGGAAGUGAAAGUCACUGAGGUUAUCACUGAAGAAGGCAAGGCCAAGAAGCAAGUGAUCAAGAAACGCGUCAUCAAGAAGAAGGCCGGAAAGAAGGAGCAGGUCACCGAGAUCGUCACCGUCCAAGAAGACGAUCAGCUCCCGCAGACGACUGUCACUGUCACUGAGAAGGAGCUUCCGUUCGAGGAAGUGACCGAGUUCCAGCCUACUCUGAUGCAACCACAAGAGGCCAUCGUGCAAGAGAUGCCUGAAGAGGUAAAGAUCACUGAGGUGGUCACUGAAGAAGGCAAACCCAAGAAGCAAGUGAUCAAGAAACGCGUCAUCAAGAAGAAGGCCGGAAAGAAGGAGCAGGUCACCGAGAUCGUCACCGUCCAAGAAGACGAUCAGCUCCCGCAGACGACUGUCACUGUCACUGAGAAGGAGCUUCCGUUCGAGGAAGUGACCGAGUUCCAGCCUACUCUGAUGCAACCACAAGAGGCCAUCGUGCAAGAGAUGCCUGAGGAAGUGAAGAUCACCGAGGUUAUCACUGAAGAAGGCAAGCCCAAGAAGCAAGUGGUCAAGAAACGCGUCAUCAAGAAGAAGGCCGGAAAGAAGGAGCAGGUCACCGAGAUCGUCACCGUCCAAGAAGACGAUCAGCUGCCGCAGACGACUGUCACUGUCACUGAGAAUGAGCUUCCGUUCGAGGAAGUGACCGAGUUCCAGCCUACUCUGAUGCAACCACAAGAGGCCAUCGUGCAAGAGAUGCCUGAGGAAGUGAAGAUCACCGAGGUUAUCACUGAAGAAGGCAAGCCCAAGAAGCAAGUGGUCAAGAAACGCGUCAUCAAGAAGAAGGCCGGAAAGAAGGAGCAGGUCACCGAGAUCGUCACCGUCCAAGAAGACGAUCAGCUGCCGCAGACGACUGUCACUGUCACUGAGAAGGAGCUUCCGUUCGAGGAAGUGACCGAGUUCCAGCCUACUCUGGUGCAACCACAAGAGGCCAUCGUGCAAGAGAUGCCUGAGGAAGUGAAGAUCACCGAGAUCGUCACUAAAGAAGGCAAGGCCAAGAAGCAAGUGGUCAAGAAACGCGUCAUCAAGAAGAAGGCCGGAAAGAAGGAGCAGGUCACCGAGAUCGUCACCGUCCAAGAAGACGAUCAGCUGCCCCAGACGACUGUCACUGUCACUGAGAAGGAGCUUCCGUUCGAGGAAGUGACCGAGUUCCAGCCUACUCUGGUGCAACCACAAGAGGCCAUCGUGCAAGAGAUGCCUGAGGAAGUGAAAGUCACUGAGGUUAUCACUGAAGAAGGCAAGGCCAAGAAGCAAGUGAUCAAGAAACGCGUCAUCAAGAAGAAGGCCGGAAAGAAGGAGCAGAAGGAGCUUCCGUUCGAGGAAGUGACCGAGUUCCAGCCUACUCUGGUGCAACCACAAGAGGCCAUCGUGCAAGAGAUGCCUGAGGAAGUGAAGAUCACCGAGAUCGUCACUAAAGAAGGCAAGGCCAAGAAGCAAGUGAUCAAGAAACGCGUCAUCAAGAAGAAGGCCGGAAAGAAGGAGCAGGUCACCGAGAUCGUCACCGUCCAAGAAGACGAUCAGCUCCCGCAGACGACUGUCACUGUCACUGAGAAGGAGCUUCCGUUCGAGGAAGUGACCGAGUUCCAGCCUACUCUGAUGCAACCACAAGAGGCCAUCGUGCAAGAGAUGCCUGAAGAGGUGAAGAUCACCGAGGUGGUCACUGAAGAAGGCAAGGCCAAGAAGCAAGUGAUCAAGAAACGCGUCAUCAAGAAGAAGGCCGGAAAGAAGGAGCAGGUCACCGAGAUCGUCACCGUCCAAGAAGACGAUCAGCUGCCCCAGACGACUGUCACUGUCACUGAGAAGGAGCUUCCGUUCGAGGAAGUGACCGAGUUCCAGCCUACUCUGGUGCAACCACAAGAGGCCAUCGUGCAAGAGAUGCCUGAGGAAGUGAAAGUCACUGAGGUUAUCACUGAAGAAGGCAAGGCCAAGAAGCAAGUGAUCAAGAAACGCGUCAUCAAGAAGAAGGCCGGAAAGAAGGAGCAGGUCACCGAGAUCGUCACCGUCCAAGAAGACGAUCAGCUGCCCCAGACGACUGUCACUGUCACUGAGAAGGAGCUUCCGUUCGAGGAAGUGACCGAGUUCCAGCCUACUCUGGUGCAACCACAAGAGGCGAUCGUGCAAGAGAUGCCUGAGGAAGUGAAGAUCACCGAGGUUAUCACUGAAGAAGGCAAGCCCAAGAAGCAAGUGGUCAAGAAACGCGUCAUCAAGAAGAAGGCUGGAAAGAAGGAGCAGGUCACCGAGAUCGUCACCGUCCAAGAAGACGAUCAGCUGCCCCAGAUGACUGUCACUGUCACUGAGAAGGAGCUUCCGUUCGAGGAAGUGACCGAGUUCCAGCCUACUCUGGUGCAACCACAAGAGGCGAUCGUGCAAGAGAUGCCUGAAGAAGUGAAGAUCACCGAGGUUAUCACUGAAGAAGGCAAGGCCAAGAAGCAAGUGGUCAAGAAACGCGUCAUCAAGAAGAAGGCCGGAAAGAAGGAGCAGGUCACCGAGAUCGUCACCGUCCAAGAAGACGAUCAGCUGCCCCAGACGACUGUCACUGUCACUGAGAAGGAGCUUCCGUUCGAGGAAGUGACCGAGUUCCAGCCUACUCUGUUGCAACCACAAGAGGCCAUCGUGCAAGAGAUUCCUGAGGAAGUGAAAGUCACUGAGGUUAUCACUGAAGAAGGCAAGGCCAAGAAGCAAGUGAUCAAGAAACGCGUCAUCAAGAAGAAGGCCGGAAAGAAGGAGCAGAAGGAGCUUCCGUUCGAGGAAGUGACCGAGUUCCAGCCUACUCUGGUGCAACCACAAGAGGCGAUCGUGCAAGAGAUGCCUGAAGAAGUGAAGAUCACCGAGGUUAUCACUGAAGAAGGCAAGGCCAAGAAGCAAGUGGUCAAGAAACGCGUCAUCAAGAAGAAGGCCGGAAAGAAGGAGCAGGUCACCGAGAUCGUCACCGUCCAAGAAGACGAUCAGCUGCCCCAGACGACUGUCACUGUCACUGAGAAGGAGCUUCCGUUCGAGGAAGUGACCGAGUUCCAGCCUACUCUGGUGCAACCACAAGAGGCCAUCGUGCAAGAGAUGCCUGAGGAAGUGAAAGUCACUGAGGUUAUCACUGAAGAAGGCAAGCCCAAGAAGCAAGUGGUCAAGAAACGCGUCAUCAAGAAGAAGGCCGGAAAGAAGGAGCAGGUCACCGAGAUCGUCACCGUCCAAGAAGACGAUCAGCUGCCCCAGACGACUGUCACUGUCACUGAGAAGGAGCUUCCGUUCGAGGAAGUGACCGAGUUCCAGCCUACUCUGGUGCAACCACAAGAGGCCAUCGUGCAAGAGAUGCCUGAGGAAGUGAAGAUCACCGAGGUUAUCACUGAAGAAGGCAAGGCCAAGAAGCAAGUGGUCAAGAAACGCGUCAUCAAGAAGAAGGCUGGAAAGAAGGAGCAGGUCACCGAGAUCGUCACCGUCCAAGAAGACGAUCAGCUGCCGCAGACGACUGUCACUGUCACUGAGAAGGAGCUUCCGUUCGAGGAAGUGACCGAGUUCCAGCCUACUCUGAUGCAACCACAAGAGGCCAUCGUCCAAGAUAUGCCUGAGGAAGUGAAAGUCACUGAGGUUAUCACUGAAGAAGGCAAGGCCAAGAAGCAAGUGAUCAAGAAACGCGUCAUCAAGAAGAAGGCCGGAAAGAAGGAGCAGGCCACCGAGAUCGUCACCGUCCAAGAAGACGAUCAGCUGCCCCAGACGACUGUCACUGUCACUGAGAAGGAGCUUCCGUUCGAGGAAGUGACCGAGUUCCAGCCUACUCUGGUGCAACCACAAGAGGCCAUCGUGCAAGAGAUGCCUGAGGAAGUGAAGAUCACCGAGAUCGUCACUAAAGAAGGCAAGGCCAAGAAGCAAGUGGUCAAGAAACGCGUCAUCAAGAAGAAGGCUGGAAAGAAGGAGCAGGUCACCGAGAUCGUCACCGUCCAAGAAGACGAUCAGCUGCCGCAGACGACUGUCACUGUCACUGAGAAGGAGCUUCCGUUCGAGGAAGUGACCGAGUUCCAGCCUACUCUGAUGCAACCACAAGAGGCCAUCGUGCAGGAGAUGCCUGAGGAAGUGAAGAUCACCGAGGUUAUCACUGAAGAAGGCAAGGCCAAGAAGCAAGUGGUCAAGAAACGCGUCAUCAAGAAGAAGGCCGGAAAGAAGGAGCAGAAGGAGCUUCCGUUCGAGGAAGUGACCGAGUUCCAGCCUACUCUGAUGCAACCACAAGAGGCCAUCGUGCAAGAGAUGCCUGAGGAAGUGAAGAUCACCGAGGUUAUCACUGAAGAAGGCAAGCCCAAGAAGCAAGUGGUCAAGAAACGCGUCAUCAAGAAGAAGGCCGGAAAGAAGGAGCAGGUCACCGAGAUCGUCACCGUCCAAGAAGACGAUCAGCUGCCGCAGACGACUGUCACUGUCACUGAGAAGGAGCUUCCGUUCGAGGAAGUGACCGAGUUCCAGCCUACUCUGAUGCAACCACAAGAGGCCAUCGUGCAAGAGAUGCCUGAGGAAGUGAAGAUCACCGAGGUUAUCACUGAAGAAGGCAAGCCCAAGAAGCAAGUGGUCAAGAAACGCGUCAUCAAGAAGAAGGCCGGAAAGAAGGAGCAGGUCACCGAGAUCGUCACCGUCCAAGAAGACGAUCAGCUGCCGCAGACGACUGUCACUGUCACUGAGAAGGAGCUUCCGUUCGAGGAAGUGACCGAGUUCCAGCCUACUCUGAUGCAACCACAAGAGGCCAUCGUGCAAGAGAUGCCUGAGGAAGUGAAAGUCACUGAGGUUAUCACUGAAGAAGGCAAGGCCAAGAAGCAAGUGAUCAAGAAACGCGUCAUCAAGAAGAAGGCCGGAAAGAAGGAGCAGGUCACCGAGAUCGUCACCGUCCAAGAAGACGAUCAGCUGCCGCAGACGACUGUCACUGUCACUGAGAAGGAGCUUCCGUUCGAGGAAGUGACCGAGUUCCAGCCUACUCUGAUGCAACCACAAGAGGCGAUCGUGCAAGAGAUGCCUGAGGAAGUGAAGAUCACCGAGGUCGUCACUGAAGAAGGCAAACCCAAGAAGCAAGUGAUCAAGAAACGCGUCAUCAAGAAGAAGGCCGGAAAGAAGGAGCAGGUCACCGAGAUCGUCACCGUCCAAGAAGACGAUCAGCUGCCGCAGACGACUGUCACUGUCACUGAGAAGGAGCUUCCGUUCGAGGAAGUGACCGAGUUCCAGCCUACUCUGAUGCAACCACAAGAGGCCAUCGUGCAAGAGAUGCCUGAAGAGGUAAAGAUCACUGAGGUGGUCACUGAAGAAGGCAAACCCAAGAAGCAAGUGAUCAAGAAACGCGUCAUCAAGAAGAAGGCCGGAAAGAAGGAGCAGGUCACCGAGAUCGUCACCGUCCAAGAAGACGAUCAGCUGCCGCAGACGACUGUCACUGUCACUGAGAAGGAGCUUCCGUUCGAGGAAGUGACCGAGUUCCAGCCUACUCUGGUGCAACCACAAGAGGCGAUCGUGCAAGAGAUGCCUGAAGAGGUAAAGAUCACUGAGGUGGUCACUGAAGAAGGCAAACCCAAGAAGCAAGUGAUCAAGAAACGCGUCAUCAAGAAGAAGGCCGGAAAGAAGGAGCAGGUCACCGAGAUCGUCACCGUCCAAGAAGACGAUCAGCUGCCGCAGACGACUGUCACUGUCACUGAGAAGGAGCUUCCGUUCGAGGAAGUGACCGAGUUCCAGCCUACUCUGAUGCAACCACAAGAGGCCAUCGUGCAAGAGAUGCCUGAGGAAGUGAAAGUCACUGAGGUUAUCACUGAAGAAGGCAAGGCCAAGAAGCAAGUGGUCAAGAAACGCGUCAUCAAGAAGAAGGCCGGAAAGAAGGAGCAGGUCACCGAGAUCGUCACCGUCCAAGAAGACGAUCAGCUGCCGCAGACGACUGUCACUGUCACUGAGAAGGAGCUUCCGUUCGAGGAAGUGACCGAGUUCCAGCCUACUCUGAUGCAACCACAAGAGGCCAUCGUGCAAGAGAUGCCUGAGGAAGUGAAGAUCACCGAGGUUAUCACUGAAGAAGGCAAGCCCAAGAAGCAAGUGGUCAAGAAACGCGUCAUCAAGAAGAAGGCCGGAAAGAAGGAGCAGGUCACCGAGAUCGUCACCGUCCAAGAAGACGAUCAGCUGCCGCAGACGACUGUCACUGUCACUGAGAAGGAGCUUCCGUUCGAGGAAGUGACCGAGUUCCAGCCUACUCUGAUGCAACCACAAGAGGCCAUCGUGCAAGAGAUGCCUGAGGAAGUGAAGAUCACCGAGGUCGUCACUGAAGAAGGCAAGGCCAAGAAGCAAGUGGUCAAGAAACGCGUCAUCAAGAAGAAGGCUGGAAAGAAGGAGCAGAAGGAGCUUCCGUUCGAGGAAGUGACCGAGUUCCAGCCUACUCUGAUGCAACCACAAGAGGCCAUCGUGCAGGAGAUGCCUGAAGAGGUGAAGAUCACCGAGGUGGUCACUGAAGAAGGCAAGCCCAAGAAGCAAGUGAUCAAGAAACGCGUCAUCAAGAAGAAGGCCGGAAAGAAGGAGCAGGUCACCGAGAUCGUCACCGUCCAAGAAGACGAUCAGCUGCCGCAGACGACUGUCACUGUCACUGAGAAGGAGCUUCCGUUCGAGGAAGUGACCGAGUUCCAGCCUACUCUGAUGCAACCACAAGAGGCCAUCGUGCAAGAGAUGCCUGAGGAAGUGAAAGUCACUGAGGUUAUCACUGAAGAAGGCAAGGCCAAGAAGCAAGUGGUCAAGAAACGCGUCAUCAAGAAGAAGGCCGGAAAGAAGGAGCAGGUCACCGAGAUCGUCACCGUCCAAGAAGACGAUCAGCUGCCCCAGACGACUGUCACUGUCACUGAGAAGGAGCUUCCGUUCGAGGAAGUGACCGAGUUCCAGCCUACUAUGUUGCAACCACAAGAGGCGAUCGUGCAAGAGAUGCCUGAAGAGGUGAAGAUCACCGAGGUGGUAACUGAAGAAGGCAAGGCCAAGAAGCAAGUGGUCAAGAAACGAGUCAUCAAGAAGAAGGCCGGAAAGAAGGAGCAGGUCACCGAGAUCGUCACCGUCCAAGAAGACGAUCAGCUGCCGCAGACGACUGUCACUGUCACUGAGAACGAGCUUCCGUUCGAGGAAGUGACCGAGUUCCAGCCUACUGGAUUGGAACUUCAUCACGUGUCCAAUGUAGUAGUACCGUUCAUGUUUGAUAAGCAAGAACAUGGGGCCGUAAUUGAAGAAGCUCUAGAUGAUGGCGACGAAGAAAUAUCUCCUUCAAUACCAUCGGAAGUGGUUAUUGAGGAAGUUGAAGAAUCUGCAUCACCACUCAACAUCACAGACCUUAAAGAAACACCAAAGAUCGUACAAGAAGUCACAACAAAACAAACAUCUAAGAAGAAACAAACACAAACACUGGGCCUCGAACAGAUUGAAAGUGUAUUAUCCGAACAAGAAGUGGAAUUCUUGCCGGAUGAAACUGAACAAACGGCUAACAUACGCGAGGUAGUGUCGAAGCGGGCAAAGAGUAAAAAAUCUAAAGUAACUGUUAUACAAGGGGUCACUGCAACUGUACUGGACGAAGGGGAUGAACAAGAACCAUUAAUACUAAAAGAACUGCCAGAACAAGAGGUUGCUAAGGCGGUAAAAGAACUGUCACAACAAGAAGCAGCUGAAGUUGGCACGGUACCUGAAAUUCAGGAUGCAUUGAAAACGAAGAAAAAGAAGGUCAAAAUCGUCAAGAAGAAGGUUGGUGAUGCUGACGAUAUCAUUGAACGUCUGCUCAAUCUGGAGGUCAAGAAAACUGAGCUGGAACAAUACGAGAAAACCGAUGUCGAUAUACCGAAGCGACUUCGUCCGGUCGAAGAAACAACUAUUGAGGAACUUCCUGAAGUUACAGAAGAAGUCAAAACGUCUUCUGGCGCUGUCAAAACGCAAAUUGUCAAGAAAAAGAUCAUCAAGAAACGCGUUGGUCCGAAAGAAGAGGUUACUGAAGAGGUUACGGUUCAAGAAGAGGGCAAACAACCUGAAACCACAGUAACCGUAACUGAACACGAGGUUCCUUAUGACGUGGUGGAGCCAUUCGAUGAAGAAAUGAAACCUCAACAGGCUGUUGAAGAAGAAUAUACCCAACCUCUAGAAGCUACGGUUAAAACUGUUACCACCAAAGUUAUCAAAAAGAAAACGAAAAAGAUACAACAAACCGAGCCGACUGUAGAAGAUGUUACGCAAGAAGAAAUUUCCGAUUUUGUGCUUCAACCAACUCUUGUCCAACAACCUGUUAUCGAAGAGCUCCCUGAACAAGUCGAAGUUCUGGAAACCAUCAGUGAAGAAGGUAAACCUAAAAAGAAGGUUGUCAAAACCAAGGUUAUCAAGAAGAAAACGGACGAUAAAGUGGAGGAAGUAACAAUUGUCACGGUGCAACAAGACGAUCAAGUUCCGGAGACCACUGUCACUAUGACCGAAGAGCAAGUUGAGCCUACACUUGUCACAGAAGAAACUACAUCAGUAGACAUUGUCAAACCCAAAAAGAAGAAGAUCAAAACCAUCAAGAGAAAGGGUGAUGAUACUGACGAUAUCAUUGAACGUCUGCUCAAUCUGGAGGUCAAGAAAACUGAGCUGGAACAAUACGAGAAAAUCGAUGUCGAUAUACCGAAGCGACUUCGUCCGGUCGAAGAAACAACUAUUGAGGAACUUCCUGAAGUUACAGAAGAAGUCAAAACGUCUUCUGGCGCUGUCAAAACGCAAAUUGUCAAGAAAAAGAUCAUCAAGAAACGCGUUGGCCCGAAAGAAGAGGUUACUGAAGAGGUUACGAUUCAAGAAGAGGGCAAACAACCUGAAACCACAGUAACCGUAACUGAGCACGAGGUUCCUUAUGACGUGGUAGAGCCAUUCGAUGAAGAAAUGAAACCUCAACUGGCUGUUGAAGAAGACUAUACCCAACCUCUAGAAGCUACGGUUAAAACUGUUACCACCAGAGUUAUCAAGAAGAAAACGAAAAAGAUACAACAAACCGAGCCGACUGUAGAAGAUGUUACGCAAGAAGAAAUUUCCGAUUUUGUGCUUCAACCAACUCUUGUCCAACAACCUGUUAUCGAAGAGCUACCUGAACAAGUCGAAGUUCUGGAAACCAUCAGUGAAGAAGGUAAACCUAAAAAGAAGGUUGUCAAAACUAAGGUUAUCAAGAAGAAAACGGACGAUAAAGUGGAGGAAGUAACAAUUGUAACGGUGCAACAAGACGAUCAAGUUCCGGAGACCACUGUCACUAUGACCGAAGAGCAAGUAGAGCCUACACUUGUCACAGAAGAAACUACAUCAGUAGACACUGUCAAACCUAAAAAGAAGAAGAUCAAAACCAUCAAGAGAAAGGGUGACGAUACUGACGAUAUCAUUGAACGUCUGCUCAAUCUGGAGGUCAAGAAAACUGAGCUGGAACAAUACGAGAAAAUCGAUGUCGACAUACCGAAGCGACUUCGUCCGGUCGAAGAAACUACUAUCGAGGAACUUCCUGAAGUUACAGAAGAAAUCAAAACGUCUUCUGGCGCUGUCAAAACGCAAAUUGUCAAGAAAAAGAUCAUCAAGAAACGCGUUGGCUCGAAAGAAGAGGUUAUUGAAGAGGUUACGGUUCAAGAAGAGGGCAAACAACCUGAAACCACAGUCACCGUCACUGAGCACGAGGUUCCUUAUGACGUGGUAGAGCCAUUCGAUGAAGAAAUGAAACCUCAACAGGCUGUUGAAGAAGAAUAUACCCAACCUCUAGAAGCUACGGUUAAAACUGUUACCACCAAAGUUAUCAAGAAGAAAACGAAAAAGAUACAACAAACCGAGCCGACUGUAGAAGAUGUUACGCAAGAAGAAAUUUCCGAUUUUGUGCUUCAACCAACUCUUGUCCAACAACCUGUUAUCGAAGAGCUCCCUGAACAAGUCGAAGUUCUGGAAACCAUCAGUGAAGAAGGUAAACCUAAAAAGAAGGUUGUCAAAACUAAGGUUAUCAAGAAGAAAACGGACGAUAAAGUGGAGGAGGUAACAAUUGUAACGGUGCAACAAGACGAUCAAGUUCCGGAGACCACUGUCACUAUGACCGAAGAGCAAGUUGAGCCUACACUUGUCACAGAAGAAACUACAUCAGUUGACACUGUCAAACCUAAAAAGAAGAAGAUCAAAACCAUCAAGAGAAAGGGUGACGAUACUGACGAUAUCAUUGAACGUCUGCUCAAUCUGGAGGUCAAGAAAACUGAGCUGGAACAAUACGAGAAAAUCGAUGUCGAUAUACCGAAGCGACUUCGUCCGGUCGAAGAAACUACUAUCGAGGAACUUCCUGAAGUUACAGAAGAAAUCAAAACGUCUUCUGGCGCUGUCAAAACGCAAAUUGUCAAGAAAAAGAUCAUCAAGAAACGCGUUGGCUCGAAAGAAGAGGUUAUUGAAGAGGUUACGGUUCAAGAAGAGGGCAAACAACCUGAAACCACAGUCACCGUCACUGAGCACGAGGUUCCUUAUGACGUGGUAGAGCCAUUCGAUGAAGAAAUGAAACCUCAACAGGCUGUUGAAGAAGAAUAUACCCAACCUCUAGAAGCUACGGUUAAAACUGUUACCACCAAAGUUAUCAAAAAGAAAACGAAAAAGAUACAACAAACCGAGCCGACUGUAGAAGAUGUUACACAAGAAGAAAUUUCCGAUUUCGUGCUUCAACCAACUCUUAUCCAACAACCUGUUAUCGAAGAGCUACCUGAACAAGUCGAAGUUCUGGAAACCAUCAGUGAAGAAGGUAAACCUAAAAAGAAGGUUGUCAAAACUAAGGUUAUCAAGAAGAAAACGGACGAUAAAGUGGAAGAGGUAACAAUUGUAACGGUGCAACAAGACGAUCAAGUUCCGGAGACCACUGUCACUAUGACCGAAGAGCAAGUUGAGCCUACACUUGUCACAGAAGAAACUACAUCAGUAGACACUGUCAAACCUAAAAAGAAGAAGAUCAAAACCAUCAAGAGAAAGGGUGACGAUACUGACGAUAUCAUUGAACGUCUGCUCAAUCUGGAGGUCAAGAAAACUGAGCUGGAACAAUACGAGAAAAUCGAUGUCGACAUACCGAAGCGACUUCGUCCGGUCGAAGAAACUACUAUCGAGGAACUUCCUGAAGUUACAGAAGAAAUCAAAACGUCUUCUGGCGCUGUCAAAACGCAAAUUGUCAAGAAAAAGAUCAUCAAGAAACGCGUUGGCUCGAAAGAAGAGGUUAUUGAAGAGGUUACGGUUCAAGAAGAGGGCAAACAACCUGAAACCACAGUCACCGUCACUGAGCACGAGGUUCCUUAUGACGUGGUAGAGCCAUUCGAUGAAGAAAUGAAACCUCAACAGGCUGUUGAAGAAGAAUAUACCCAACCUCUAGAAGCUACGGUUAAAACUGUUACCACCAAAGUUAUCAAGAAGAAAACGAAAAAGAUACAACAAACCGAGCCGACUGUAGAAGAUGUUACGCAAGAAGAAAUUUCCGAUUUUGUGCUUCAACCAACUCUUGUCCAACAACCUGUUAUCGAAGAGCUCCCUGAACAAGUCGAAGUUCUGGAAACCAUCAGUGAAGAAGGUAAACCUAAAAAGAAGGUUGUCAAAACCAAGGUUAUCAAGAAGAAAACGGACGAUAAAGUGGAAGAGGUAACAAUUGUGACGGUGCAACAAGACGAUCAAGUUCCGGAGACCACUGUCACUAUGACCGAAGAGCAAGUUGAGCCUACACUUGUCACAGAAGAAACUACAUCAGUAGACAUUGUCAAACCCAAAAAGAAGAAGAUCAAAACCAUCAAGAGAAAGGGUGACGAUACUGACGAUAUCAUUGAACGUCUGCUCAAUCUGGAGGUCAAGAAAACUGAGCUGGAACAAUACGAGAAAAUCGAUGUCGAUAUACCGAAGCGACUUCGUCCGGUUGAAGAAACUACUAUCGAAGAACUUCCUGAAGUUACAGAAGAAGUCAAAACGUCUUCUGGCGCUAUCAAAACGCAAAUUGUCAAGAAAAAGAUCAUCAAGAAACGCGUUGGGCCGAAAGAAGAGGUUACUGAAGAGGUUACGGUUCAAGAAGAGGGCAAACAACCAGAAACCACAGUAACCGUCACUGAGCACCAGGUUCCUUAUGAUCAAGUACAAGAGUUCAUCGUUGAUCUGCCGCAACAACAAGAAACCGUAGUGGAAGAACUGCCAGAAGAAAUUCAGGUCAGUGAAGUGGUCUCUGCAAGUGGAAAAGUUAAGAAACAAACUACAAAGAAACGCACCGUGAAAAAGACAGUCGGAGACAAGGAAGAACUUGUCGAAGUGGUUACCGUUCAGGAAGAAGGUGAAAAGCCAGAAACAACGAUCACCAUUACGGAAGUAGAAACGCAACCAGAACCUGUUGCUGAAGAAAAGGACUCCAUUCCUACGACACAACCAAAAGAAAAGCAAAAACUAAAAAAGAAAAAGGUUAAAAGCAUCAAGACAACUGAUGAAGUGGACGAUAUCAUUGAAAAGCUGCUCAACCUAGAGGUAAAGAAAACCGAACUGGAACGCUACGAGCGAGUUGAAGUUGAACUGAAAAAACGGUCGAAGUCGGUGGUUGAGGAAACGCUACUACAACCUAAUGCUGAGGUUGCCGUAUUGGAAACGUUAGAAAUGCCACCUCUAGAAACUGUUCGCCGAAAGUCAGUAAAGGAACAACCAUCGGAACCGGAAGAUGUUAAAAAAAUGGUAAAGAAAAAGAAACCUGCUUCCGUGCCAACCCAACUAGCAACAGAAGAUCUAAUACCAACCGUUGUUGAAGCUGUAGAAGAUGUUAUUCUGGAACCGAAGUUAGAAGAAGCAGUCGCGCCUGGAGAGGAAAGGGAAGAGAAGACAGGAAAGGUAAUCAAAAAGAAAAUCGUCAAAAAGUCUGCAUCGAAGGAAAAACCAACAGACGUCGAAGAUGCACCGAGUGAAUCUAUCGCUCAGGAUAGCGUUGUACCGGAGACAGUUGAAUCAUACGACGAUACUCCGACGGUAGUGGACGUAGUUCGUGAAAUUCUCAUUGGCGAGCCACAGCCACAACAGGCAGUUAUCGAAGAACGCGAUGAAACUUUCCUCACAUUUGAAGAAAAAUCUCUCAAGAAACUACAGCAGGAACAGGUCCAAACAGUGCUCGAUGAGGAGAAAGAACCGAAGAAGCUUGAAAAGAAGAUCAAAAAGAAACCCAAAAAGCUUGCUAAGCCGGAGGAAGACGAGCAGCUCCAGCGUCUGCUCAAUUUGGAGGUUGAAAAAACGGAACUGGAGCAAUAUGAAAAGAUUGAGCUGGAAAGCAAACCAAAACCCGAAAAGCCAAAAGUGAAGCUUGAGCCGCAAAAGAUCGAACGGAAGGAACAAAAACCACAAAUGAUGAAAAUCUCUGAGCCAGAAGAACAACCACAGAUGGUACGGCUGAGAAAGGUGAAGGUUCCGGAACGAAAAGAAAUUGAGGAAGUGGUUGUUCCGAAAGUACUGCUCAGGAGUCGGAUCGUAGCUGUUGAAUAUCCACCGUUAGCUCUUCAACCCGUCAUAACUGACCUAUCGGCGGUGCGAGCUGUUGGAGAGAUGUCCAGAAUAGAGGAAGACGAAGCAGAGUUAAAGUUGAAGAAACUGAAGAAAAUCAAAACCAUCAAGGGUAAAAAGGUUGAACUGGAAAAGCCGGACUCCACUGAGUAUGAUGAAGAAAGACCAGAAAAAGAAGAAUUUGACCAAGAGGCUCAUAAAUACCAGCGAAAGCCCAAACAAACCGACGAGGAAAAACCGGAAGACAAGACCCUCAAACUCGGCAAAGGUAAGCUAAAGAAGGAUGACGCGGAAGAAGAACAGGUUAAGCUGAAGAAAACACCGAAGAAACCUCAACCGGAUGAAACGACGGAAGAGAAACCGGUUAAAAAGACUAAGCAAAAGCCAACAGCUCAAGAUGUUGAUGAAAAGCAACGUCAUGUGGAAAAGCCGGAGUUCAAGCCGAUUGAUAUACCAGACUACGACAUUGAAAAAGAAGAAUACGAACCACCGGAACCAGCGGUGGAAGAGCCCGAAGAAACACCGAAAAAGAAGCUUAAGCCACAGCGAAAGCCCAAGGUUCCGGAGGAAAAGGAAGAGGAGGUGAAGCCUCUCGUAUUAGGCAAGGGAAAACCGACACCAGAGGUUCCAGAGGAUGAUGUCAAAUUUAGAAUUCCUACGAGUGAUAAACCCGAAGAGGAACCCGCCGACAUAAAGUUAAAACCAUUCAAAAAGCCGUCCACGGAAGUCGUUAAACCGGACAAGGAAGCUGACCGGGACAUGGUGUUGCCGGCGAGCACCGAAAAGCCGCAAGACGCUGAUACAGAAACGGCUCCUUCGAUAACGGUGAAAAAAGUUGUCAAGAAAACCAAACCAAAACAGAAACCAGACAAUGACGAUCAACAGGAACAGCCCUCGCAAGAAGAACUCCCCGAGACCGUUGCCACAAUUGAAGAUGUCACGCCAGAUGUCGUGCAUGCCGUGGUACCAAAAAUGGUUCCAGAAGAACUCUACCAGCAGCCUGAAGAACUAAUCGUUGCCCCGCAGCCCAUGAGUGACUUUGUGAUAGAGCAGCUCCCUGAGGAAGUUAAAAUGACCGAAGUCCAGACCGAAACCGGUGCCAUCGAGCAGCAGACGGUUAAGAAACGAGUCAUCAAGAAAAAGAAAGACGACAAGGAGGAGAUAAUCGAAAUUGUCACCGUGCAAAAGGGUGACGAACUCCCUGAGUCUACAGUUACAGUUACCCAAGUGACCCCCGAAGAAACCACGGCGCAACCGGAAAGCGCAACGAAGCGCACGGUUCGCAUCAAAAAGACGGUGAAGCCCGACACUCUAGACAGCGAAAUCGAACGCUUGCUCAACCAAGAGAUCGCGAAAACGGAGCUCGAGGUUUACGAAAAGACGGACUUUGAGCCGACCAAGCGUACCAAGGAGGAGGAAACGCCGGUUCCGGCAGAACCACAGCAGCCCAAGCCGGACACCGUCGCGCCCAAGAAGCCCGCCGAUAAGGUGAAGGCCAAAAAACCCAAGCCAGUCACCCCAUUACAAGAAACACCCACAGAAACAUUAGCGCCACAUGAACCAGCCAUCGGACACGAUGAAAUCCAACAGACACUCGACACAUUACACACAGAAGAAACGCUUCCUACCAGUGCAGAUACUGUCGAUUUGCAGGAGGACACGUUCGAGGCGAACGAACUGGUGGAGACAGCACCCCUCGGAGAUGUGGUGCAACCGGUUGACAUACCGGAAGCGGCCAUCGAGACGCCUAAGGUUACCCUGAAGCCUCAGGUCGCUGCAGCACCCAUGGAGCAGGUGUUUGACGAACAGCUGGAACAGGCACCGGUCGUCGAUGUCGUCGUGCCUGAGGAGGCUCAGGCGGCCCCUAGCGAAAUCCUUUCUGCAGCUACGGAGACGCCAACCGUAAGUAAGCCCCUUCUAGAAGCAGCACCUGCCGAGGCCGUGUUUGAGCAGCAGGAAGUGGAAGAGACCGACAGGGUGCCUUCGUUGGCAAUGGAUGAGGUAACAGUGGCAGCCGUCGAUGUGUCCGAUAAUGCAACGCAAAAGCCGACCAUCACAGGCAAGCCCCUGCUCGAAGCCGCACCUGUUGUCGAUCAGUUUGACGUUUCGGUGGAGGAAGCCGACACGGUGGCUUCGCUGACGCUGGAAGAGGAGCACCUGGCACCGGUCGAGGUACCAACUGGAGCAACGGAAGUUCCAGCCGUGCAACUGAAGCCAACGGUUGCAGCAGCCCCUGCUGAAACUCUGCUAGAACAAGCCGUGGAGGAGACCGCCUCCGUCGAGGCAUCGCCAUUGGCAACGGAGACGAUCGUGCCGACGGAUGAGCAGCGUGCGGAACCAACGGAGCAGGCACAGCUGCUCCCGGCAGCCACCAUCGAAACGGCUCCUGCCGAAGCUCCCAAGAAGGUCGCCAAGAAGGUGAAGGUGACGAAGAAGUCCAAGAAAUCCAUCGACGACGACGAGGAGCUGCAGCGACUGCUGAACCUGGAGAUCGAAAAGACCCAACUGGAGCAGUACGAAAAGGUUGAGCUCGACGAGAAGGCGAAGGUUAAGCCGGAAAAGGGUGAGAUUGCUAAGCUAGAACCUAUUAAGAUCGAACGCAAAGAACAGAAACCGAUUCAACCUCAAAUCACUGACACACAAGAACCACAAACAGUUAAACUGCGCAAAACGAUCGUGCCGGAGAAGCGUGAGGUGGAGGAGCCCAGCGUGCCGAAGGUGCUGCUCAAGAGCCGAAUCGAGCACGUUGAGCUGUCCUCCGCCGAUCAGCAGCCGGUGGUGGUCGUCCUGGACACGAGACCGGGCGUAGGAACGCUGUCGCGCAUCGAGGAGGAGGAAACGGAACGAGCGAAGAAGGUGAUCAAGAAGGUGAAGGUGAUCAAGAAAGAAAAGCCGGAGCUGGAAACGCUCGACAUCGAAAAGUAUGACAAGGAGCCGAAAGCGGAGGAGCAGAAGGAGGAAGAGAAGCCGAAGUACCAGCGGCAGGCGAAGGAAACUCCCAAGGACGAACCGGAAGAGCGUACGUUGCAGCUAGGUAAGGGUAAGGUAAAGCAGGAAGAAGAACACCACGAGGAGGUCAAGCUGAAGAAAACUCCAACCAAACCGAAAGAAGAAACGGUGGAGGAGGAAAAGCCGAAGAAAAAGACGCAGGAGCAACCCAAGCAGGGGGAGGUCGAGAAGCAGAAGCGGCAUGUGGAAAAGCCGACGUUCACGCCGACCGACAUUCCGGACUACGAAACGCCUCUCGAGCCAUACGUGCGGCCGGAACCGGAGCCCGAGGAGAAGCCCAAGGAGGAACCGGAGAAACCGAAGGUUCCGAAAGAGCCGAAGGUGCCGGCGGUGCCAGAGGAACCGGAGCACAAGAUCGUGCUGGGCAAGGGUAAGCAGCCGGAACCGGAACCGGAGGAUGAAUUCAAAUUCCGUAAACCGACCCCGGGCAAACCGGAGGAGGAGAAGGAAGAGAUCAAGCUGAAACCGUUCACGAAGCCCACGCCCGAACCGGAAACGAAGGAGCGUGAAGGUGAUCGCGAUAUGGCUUUGCCGACUCCGAAGCCAACGCCUGACGAUGCGGACGUGGAAACGCCGCAGAAAAAGGUUACGAAGAAGGUCAUCAAGAAGCCAAAGACUCCAUCGGAGGAAGAGGCAAAGCCAGAAGAAGCGCCGGCAGACGUACAGUCUCCGGUUGCGGUGGAACCGGUAGAAUCGAAGGCCCAACUGGUCGAAGAAGUGACUCUGCCCGAGGAAGCAAGUCCGGUUGUGCCGGCCGAAAUUCCAAAACCGAUCGAACCGGCACCGAAAUCGGUACCGGCUGAAGAAGUGGCCAGCGCCGUUGAGGAGGCACCGGUCGUUGUCAAACGAGACGAACCAAAGCCUGCUCCGCAGGAGAAGAAGGUUGAACCAGAAAAGCCCGAAGAAAAGAAGGUCGUGCUCAAGAAGAAGGUGGUGAAGAAGCCCAAGAAAGCUUCCAUCGAUGAGGAUGAGCAGCUGCAGCGUCUACUGAACCUGGAGAUCGAAAAGACGGAACUCGAAAAGUACGAGAAGGUCGAUGUGGACAUUAAGAAACCGGAAAAGACGGUCGAAGCUGUGGAAGUUCCACGCGAACCGCAGGUCGCCGAAGUCGAAGAGCCCGCUCCGGUGGAAGUGACGCUCAAACCGAAGAAAACGGUACAGAAGCAACAGGAACCGGAACCGGUGGAAGCUGAGUUUAAGAUAACCAAGAAGCCUCGUCGUCCGGAAGCACCUCAGGAGGUUGAAGAACAGAUAACGCUCAAGCCAACGCCACAGACAACCGAAGAUACAGUGAGUGUGGAGCGCAUCAUAAAGAUCGAAGUUGAGCAGCCAGAACCGGUUGAAGCUCCGGUCAUUGAAGAGAUGGAAGCGGACGAACCGCUCGCCCGGGAAGAGAUCGAAACGGUUGAGCCGGUGGUAGAAGAACCGGCCGACGUUGUGGUACCCGAGGAAGAAAUUGUCCCCGUGCAGUCGCUGGUGGAGGAGGUGCACGAUGUGCAGCCGAUCAUAGAAGAUGCCGUUAUCGAGGCGACGUCGGAGGAGCUGCCGACCACGGUGGAGUCGGUACCGAUUCAGGCAAUCGUCGAAGAGCCACAACCGGUGCCAGCACUGCGUAAGGUAUCCCUCAAACCGGUGGCGAAACCGGAGGAGCCCGUGGUGGAAAAGAAACCGGUUGAAAAGCCAAAGAAAAAGACGGUCGUGGUGAAGAAGAAGAAGGCCAGCGUCGAUGAGGACGCCGAGUUGCAACGGUUGCUGAACUUGGAGAUCGAGAAAACCGAACUCGAACAAUACGAGCGCGUCGAUGUAGAUCUCAAGAAGCGAGAGAAGGUACAGGUCGAGCAGCAACCAAUGCCACAACAGGCGGUCGAGUCGACGAUCGAACCGGAAGAGAGUGCCCAGGUUAAACUGCCCCGCCGGAAGAGUAAACCAAAGGUAGAAGCGGUCGAGGAGACCGAGGUGGAGUUUAAGAUUAAACCGAAAAAGAAACCGGUGGAGGAGGAAACGGUCCAAGAGGCGACGGUUUCGCUGAAAAAACCGAAGAAACCGCAACCGGUGGUGGAGGAAACGGCUACCGAGGAGGUGGUCCUGUUGAAACCCUCCGUUCCAAAACCGGAAGAGGUGGAAGACGUCGAGGAGCUGGUGAAGCUGAAGCCGCAACCGGCUCCGUACACCACCGACGAAGCCGAAGCCUCGCUAGAGAUCGUUCGCGAGGCUGAACAGCCGGAAGCGGAACCGGAACCGGAACCGGCGGUGGUGGUGGUGGAAGAAAAGAAACCGGCGGAAAAGAAACCGGAAGAAAAGAAACCCAAAAAGAAGGUUGUACCGAAGAAGAAGAAGGAAGACGAUAUCGAUGAGAUCACAAGGAAACUGCUCGAAAUGGAUGUACCGAAGACGGAACUCGAGAAGUACGAAAAGAUCGAUCUGGAUGUGGCGAAAAAACCGAAGGAAACGGUCGAGGAAGUGACGAUGGUGAAGCGUCGGCCUAAGCUGAAACCGUCCGUCGACGAGGAGGAAGAGGUGGAGACCAAGCUGUCUCUCCCACGCAAAAAGUCCUCGAUCGCGGAACCGGAAGAGGCGGAAGCAACGUUCAAGAUGGCCCGUAAGCCGUCAGUCGUGCAGCCGGCCGACGAUGUUGAAGCUUCCCUCACGAUCACCCAGGAGCAGGAGGUUCCGGCGCCGGAAGAGGAAAUCACGGAGCAUGUAGUCGUGCGCAAGCAGCGUCCUCGCCCGAAACCGGCAUUCCGCCGCGAGGUACUGGACGAGGAGGAGGUUCGCAUUAAGAAGAUCAAGAAGGUUCGCCAACCGCGGCCCGUCUUCAAGGACAUCGAGCCAGAAAAUGUCACCUUCCAGCCGAAGCGCACGAAGCACAUCGAGGACAUCGAGCAGGAGUUCAAGAUACAGCUCGACUCCUACGCCCGCGAGGAGAUCUCCAUGUCCGGACGCGUGAAACUCCCCGCGCCGUACAGCUACGGCGAAGAGACGGGCGAGGCCCACAUCACGAUCGUCAAGCAGGUGGACGAGGACGACGAGGUCGUCUACGAGGUGAUCUACGACGAUAGCGAGCAGGACGUGGAGGAAGACUAUCGGUACGAGCAGGACGAGGACACCGAGAACGUGGUGAUCGAACUGCGGCGCCGACGCGAAAAGCUCGAGAACCUGAUCAUGCACCACGAGGAAGAAAUUUCCCUCGAUCUGACGCAACGCAACAGAUCACAGUUCACCACCACCACACACGAAGAAGAAUCAUACACACUGAAACAGCCCAAGAAAGUCCUACCGACAUACUCUGAAGAAACCGCAUCGCUGAAAAUAGUUCGAGAAGAAGAUGCCAACGAUAUGUAUUGCAUCCAAGCAGUCGAGGCUGAGAACGAGGAAGCAUUGCACAUGGUUGAAGGAGAGAAGGUUUACGUAAUUGAGCAUAGCAACUCGGAAUGGUGGUACGUGAAGCGUUCGUGGUCGGAAGAGCGCGGCUUCGUGCGCCGGGAAUAUCUAAUGGAUGCCGUCACGUAUCCGCAGUACGUGCAGAAGAUGCUGAACGAAAAAAUCGACAAGCUGCCAGUGUUCGAGAAGCCGGCCGCCAGCGAGCGGCCGCUUGCGCCGAAGAUCAUCGAAAAGCUGCAGCCGAUCACCACGCAGGACGGCUACACGGUGCAGUUCGAGUGCAAGGUGGAAGGUUUCCCCCGCCCGUCGAUCACCUGGUUCCGCCAGACGGCCGUCAUUAAGUCGUCGCAGGACUUCCAGAUCUACUACGACGACGACAACGUUGCCACGCUGAUCAUUCGCGAGGUGUUCCCGGAGGAUGCGGGCACGUUUACGUGUGUGGCGAAGAACAUUGCCGGCUUUGCGUCCAGCUCGACGGAGCUGGUGGUGGAUACGGUUACGUCGGAUCACGGUUCGGACGUGGCGACCCUAUCCCGCAAGAGUAUGUCCCGCGAGUCGUCGCUGGCGGACAUUUUGGAGGGUAUCCCACCGACGUUCUCGCGCAAACCGAAGGCACAGUACGUGGACGCCGGUUCAGAUGUGCUGCUCGAGUGUCGCCUGGUGGCAGUGCCCGAGCCAGACAUCCUGUGGUACUACAACGGCGUGGAGAUCGAAAGCAAGGAUAACGUGCAGGUGGUCGUCGAGUCCGACAUGCACAUGUACUGCACGGUGGUGCACAUCAGAGGCAUCGACAAGCUGCAGGAAGGCUCGUACCAGGUGGUGGCACGCAAUCGUGAAGGUGAAUCAUCGCUCGACAUCGUGGUGAAGGUGAAGACGGGCGUGCAGGAGCCGCCACAGAUUUUGGAACCCCUGAAGAGCAUGGCCAUCCGCCAGGGUGAAACGGUGGUGCUGUCCACGCAGAUCGUAGGCAAUCCCACGCCCGAGGUACAGUGGUUCAAGAAUGGAGUCGCGCUCGAGGUGAAACCGCAGGUCGAUCGUAACAUGUACACGGUGACGCUGGUCGCACCGACGCACGACAACGCCGGCGAGUACACGGUCCGUGCCAAGAAUCCGGCCGGCAGUGUGGAGACGAGCGCUUUCCUCACCGUGGACGAGUCGAACAUCGGUAACCCGCAGGCCCCACUCUUCCUGGAGCGCUUCGAGGAGCAGAGCGUGCCGCAGGGUGGCUCCAUUAAGCUGCCAGCGAAGGUAACGGGCAAUCCCGUACCGGAGAUCCUUUGGUUGCGUAACAACAACACGCUUCUUCCGUCGAAGCGCGUCAAACAGGCGUACGAUGGGGAAAACAUCGAGCUGCUCAUCAACAACGCCGACUCGGAGCAGGACUCGGGCAACUACAAGUGUAUCGCAUCGAACACGAUCGGCAAGGCAUCGCAUGGUGCCCGGGUGACGGUCGAGGUGGACAAGGUCACGUUUACGCGCAAGCUCAAGAAAACGAUCACCGUCGAGGAGAGCCGCGCGGUGACGUUGGAGUGCGAAACGUCACACACCGUGUCGACCAAGUGGUUCCACAAUGGCAAGGAGCUGAGCGGCAUGGAUCACCGCAUGAUCGUGCAGGAGGGCAAGGUGCACAAGCUAAACAUCAAGAAUCCCACGAUCAACGACACGGGCGUUUACCGGUGCACGGUGAAAGACCAACAGACUGAGUGCCGCCUGACGGUGAUAGAGGCCAAGCCCGAGUUCCUGCGCAAGCUGGAUGACGUCGAGACUAAGGAAAAGGAGAACGCCGUGCUGGAGGUGGAGAUCACCUCCGAGACGGCGGACGUCACGUGGUACAAGGAGGGUCGCAAGCUGGUCGAAACGCCGGGCAAGUACGAGUUCGGCAAGAAGGGCAAAUCGCGCGUCCUGUUCGUACGCAACACGUCCGUACACGACGAGGGUGAGUACACGUGCGCUCUGGCCGACCAGGAAUGCUCGGCGGAGGUGUCCGUCAUCGAGCUACCGCCGGAGAUCAUCAGUGCGCCACGCGACGUUACGGUGGCCCGCGGCGAAGACGCCUUCUUUGAGCUCGAGCUAACCAAGGGCGACGCCCUGGUGCGUUGGUACCGCAACGAAGAAGAGCUUUCGUUCAACGGCCACGUCCAGCUGACGAUCGAUGGCAAACGUCAAACGCUCAAGAUCAAUCGGACGGUCGAUGCGGAUGCGGGCGAGUACACUUGCUUGGUGGGCGAACAACGGGCUCGGGCACGAUUGACCGUCGAGAAGCCGGUUGUCGACUUUGUGCGCCGCCUGCCCGAGGUCACGCUGACCACCCGCGACAACGAUGCCGUGUUCAGCGUGGAGCUGUCCGAGUCUGCCGAUGUGGUCUGGUAUCGCAACAACAGGAUCAUCGCCUCCAGCGACUCGCGUUACGAGCUAAUCGUGGAGAAGUGCAUCCGCAAGCUGAUCAUCAAGGGCGCCUCGGAGGCCGAUGAGGACGAGUACACGUGCACGGUGUCCAAUGCGAAGACGUCGUCCCGACUCAAAGUCGAAAUCAUCAAGGUGGCCCCGACCAUCUUCGAGGACGGACCGAAAACGUUCACCAUCCGCAAGGACGAGGACAUCACGUUCAACGUCAAGUUCAACGCGACGCCGAAGCCGGAAGCGGAAUGGCGCGUCAACAAGCGCGUCAUCAUCCCGUCGGCCAAGUUUAUCGCCACGGUUACGGAGGAGACGGCCAGCCUGACGAUCAAACGAGCGGCCGAGGUCGAUGCCGGCGAGUUCACGCUCAAGCUGACGAACGAGUGUGGUGAUGCCAGCACCUCCUUCACGCUCAUCAUCAAAAAACAACCCGGAGCUCCGGAUGCACCGGAAGCGACAUUGAUUACGGACGAUUCGAUCACGCUGUUCUGGAAGGCACCGAGCGACGAUGGCAACAGCCCCAUCACGGAGUACGUGCUUGAGUACGAGGAAAAGAGCCAGAAGAAAUGGACUGAAAUUACUAGCAUCACCGAAACGACGACCACCGUUACGAAGCUAACGAAGAACUGCGAGUACACAUUCCGUGCCACGGCGGUGAACGAGGUGGGCAAGGGUCCGGCAUCACCCAACUCGCCGUACUACAAGAUUGCGGCUCCGAUCCAGAAGGAAGCGCCCACCGUGAGCGAGCACCUGAAGGACGUCCGCGUCGGUCUCGGCCAGUCGGUGACGCUCAGCUGCAUCGUGACGGGCGUCCCGGUGCCCGACGUGGCCUGGUUCCGCAACGGCCAGCCACUCAAGCAGGACGUCGUGUCGUACGAGAACGGGUGUGCCAAGUACACGCUCAAGUCGACCACCGCCGAGAGCGGCGCAACGUACGUGUGCCGGGCGACGAACGAGGUAGGCAGCGUGGAGAGCAGCUGCCAGGUGACGAUCGAGGAAAAGCCGACGGUGACGGUCGAGAAGAAGCAGAUCGUGCAGAAACUGCGCGUCGGCGACGAAUGGAAGGUGGUGGCCGACUUCACCGGUUUCCCAGCGCCGGAGGUUGUAUGGUACCGGGAGGAGCAGGUCCUCACCUCGACCGCCGAGCAUACCAUCGUGACCGUAGGCCAAUCGUCGACGAUCGUUAUCGCCGCACUGGAUCGUGCGCACACGGGUAAAUACAUCGUCGAGGCGCGCAAUUCGGCCGGCGCGGCUCAGGUCGAGCUAAAGCUCAAGGUGAUCGACAAACCGAGCAAACCGGAAGGUCCGAUCGUCGUGCGCGAGCUCAGCCCCGAGGCGGUCGUCAUCGAGUGGAAACCACCGUCGGACGAUGGCGGUCUGGAGAUUUCCCAGUUCACCAUCGAGAAAUGCGACGACGCCAAUAAGAACGCCUGGAUCAAGGUGGCGGAUGUGCAGCGGAACAUCAAGUCGUACUGUAUCCAGAAGCUGAUUGACAGCACACAGUAUCACUUCCGCGUGAUCGCACAGAACCCGGUCGGUUGUUCCGAGCCGCUCGAGAGCGCCACCAUCAAGAUUCAGCAGACGCUCGAGCCACCAUCGCCACCGCGGGGUCCUAUCGAAACGGCCGGAAUGUCCAGCAACUCGUUCACGAUCAUGUGGCAGCCGUCGGAAUCCAACGGUGGCAGCAAGAUCACCGAGUACAUCGUCGAGGUGAAGGAGGCCAAGAAGAAGGUGUGGAAGGUGGUUGGCACGACGAGCGCCUCCGACACGUCGCUGCUGAUCGAGAACCUCUCGAUGAACAAGGCGUACGACUUCAAGAUCACCGCCAAGAACAAGGUGGGCACAAGCCAACCGCUCCAGACGGAAGAGUCCAUCGUCGCCGGAAAGGAAAUCACACCCCCAUCAGCACCACGCAAUCUGCGCAUCGUCAACGUGACCAGCAAGAGCGUCAAGCUCGAGUGGCAGCAGCCGGAAACGAACGGAGGAUCCGACGUGACUGGCUAUGUCAUCGAGAAGCGGCUCACGACCGCUCAGCAGUGGACCAAGAUCAAGACGCUCGAGGCGAGCGUGCUGUCGUACUGCGUGGACAACAUGAAGGAAAAGACGGAGCUGGUGUUCCGGAUAUUUGCCGAGAACUCCGUCGGCCUGAGUGCGCCUGCGGUAUCGGAGACUGUCGUCCUGAAAUCUCAUGCCACUGUUCCGUCGCCACCGACCGGUCCACUGGAGGUGCGGUACCUAGGACCCAACAUCAACAUUGUCGAGUGGGGCAUUCCGGAAUCGGACGGUGGCGCCCCGCUGGAGGGCUACAACAUCGCCAUUCGCAAUGCGAAGAAAACGAUGUGGAUGGAGGUGGGCCGGGUGACGGCCGACUGUCAGGCGUUUAACAUCAAGGACCUGCAGGAAAGCGAAGACUACCUCAUCCGUAUCAUGGCUCGCAACGAGGUCGGUGUUAGCGAACCACUGGAAUCAGAAGAACCGUACACAGUGCAGCUUGGUGCCGCUCCGGAUGAUGUUCACGAUGAAACGACACGAGACUUCUCGGAACCUACCGGCACGAAUACCUCGUCCUGGUUGCGUGAACACAACAUGACGGCUGACAUUAGCAGCUACGCUCGCCAUAAGCUGCUGAGCAGAAGGGAGUACUUCUUCAAGCUGUGGAUCAACGCCAAGAACCUUUUCAAGUAAACGGCUGGCUAUUCAAGCCCCAUUCUUAAGCCCCGUUCGGGCAAAUGUACAGUCCUAUCAUUAUCAGAAACAGAGAGAGAAAAAGUAAUAUCCAAUAUCUUACCCCACAAUACCGAUUACGGGCUUCCGGUUCAAGUUCCCUUCAAACACUAUUUGUAUGUAAAUGUUGCCUAUACGAAGUUGUCUAUAAUAUCGUAUCCUCCACUCUGGAGACUGGAUCAUUCGGAAGUAGUGACGAUGUGUCCUGUGACCGUCCGCUAGCCUCUUCGAUCGAUAGAACCGACGUCCGAGAACGAUCGAUGAACGCGGUAGUCAGUGAAAUGUGCUAGCGAAAAAUAGAAAGAACGAGCGACAACAAGCAAGAUGGAGGGAAGAUUCUUCAUCUAACUGUGAUAAAAGAGCAAUAACAACAACGGCGGUAAAGCCUUCGGAGAAAGUGGAGCCUCACGACACAUCACAACAGCAAGAGAGAACAAAGAGGGGUUUCACUUCUGAACCUAUUGCUACUAUGGAGGGACGUCUAUAUAAUCGUAACUUGUAUUUAGUUAGCCAAUGAAAACAAUCGAGAAGAAAACCAAACCCGCUGGAAAUCAGCAACGACUCGCAGCAUCACGACAGGGUACGAACAGGAUUAUCUGUGGCCCGGCUGCGUUUGAAAACGGUGCCAUAGCGACCAGAAAAGCGCUUCAAUGAAGAAGGACACGUUUCGUGCCAUUUCCUGUAAACGAUUGUUCACUCCCCCAUGCCCCCCCCCCCC